AUCGAAAGUGACCGUCUGUUCACUCUCACUAUCGUUGUUACGGUCCCAAGUUGUGUACGCACACACGACGAAUAUUAGCAGAGUAUACAAAGUAAUUAUUUCAUAAAAAAAAAAAAACCAAACACAUCCGUUUAACUUUAACGUCCGAGCGUGUACUGAGUAUACCUACACGCAAGUAAGGUAUAUGCGAUCGUACACGACGAAAUAUUAUUAUCGUAUAAUUCAAAUUUGUUUUGUUUCCGUUUAAUUGGAAAUUCGAUACACUAUUGUACACCUAUAUUCGAAGUGAAUCAAAUAUUUACAAAAGCUUCAAAAUGAAAAUCGUAGAGCUGGCGGUGCUCUUCGUGUGCACUGUGGCGGUCCUGCACGUGCGUCCGUCGUUUUCGGUAAGUUUAUAAAUUAUUCGACAAACAUUUGUAUUCGUUAAAAUACAUUUUAUUAUCGUUUUUAAAAAUAUUACAAACUCGAGUACCUAUACAAUUAUUAUAGUUAUUGUUUUACAAAUAAACUCUAGUAAUGUGACGGUAGAUUUUCUAAAGAUCAAAAUUAAAAUAUACCGAAAAUAAUUUUUAUUCUUAAAGUAAAACGAAAUUAAUUUUAAAUUCGUAUUUUUCACGAAGAAUAAAUUGUCAUUAUGUAUGUAUUAAGGGGAUGGGUAUUUAUUUUCGUAUUUUAUAACACGUGAUUACAAGUUACAAUUUAUUUAUAGAGUAGCGUAAAGUAGUCGGUAAAACAAAUGAAACGUUUAAAUAAAUUAAAAUUAAACUCAAUUACUGUAACAGGAAUUGAAUAUGAAUCGUAAACGUUAUCUUGUCAGACGUUUUAGUUAAAAUAGUUAAAUCGAACUCGAUUUCGCCGUUCAUUGAAACUAAAAAAAUAAAAUAAUUCUUAUGUAUUUUUCUACUCCAUUUACAGAUGGGGUAAAAAUGAGGAGAUCUAAAUAAAUGAUAAUGUUUUAUCGACAAUAAACGCAAAUAAUUAUUAGACAGAUAUUUUGAACUGGUUUUUUCACACGUUCUGGUGUUGCCCGUGACAAUUUGUCUCUCUUUUUUUUUAACUAUUUCAAAACAGAAUUUUAAAAACUAUACAUACAUAGAACACUAAAAUAAAUUAAUUUGUCUAUUGUUGUGAAAUUAUACGAUUACGAUUUUCUAUUAUUACGUGGCGCCAUCCGAUAGUUCGAUUAUCGUUCCUAAAAUACCCAGGAUCCUGUGUCAGCCAACUAUUGGGCGUUGAAUUUUUCGAAAUCCGGAUUCGAGAUGCACACGGACCCUAUCAUCAUCCAAUUCUGUAUGCACAGACAAACACAAAUAAUUAUUAAUAUUCAAUAUAGAUUAAUCUCUUAGAAUUAUUUGGUAUUUGAGUAAAAGAUUUAAACAAAUAAUAAUUAUUCUGUUCCUUAUUGUCGAAUUAUUGACUUUUCUGAUUUUUCCUACUUUACCGAUAUCGUUAUUGACAUCAGUAAUUUCGGCGGCACAACGAAAGCGAUUAUCACUAUAUCUGGUGUAUAAUGAAAAUAAAAAAAGAAUUCGAUUUUCACCGAACCCGCAUAUUUUUUAAAUAGUAAUAAAACCUUUUCUGAAAGCUCAAGAUGGUACUUUAACGAGGUUAUUUUUUGAUUUUCGACGCCGUUUUUUAAAUAAAAGCACUCAAGUGGGAAAAAAACUUAGGAAAAUGUAUAAUUUCACGACUUCAUUAUUUUAUAAAAACACGGACGACGUUUUUACUAAAAAAAAAAUGAUUUAAUUGAAAAAUCACAAGAUACCUUUGUUGUUGCCUUUUUGAUUUAGUUUCUUACGGUAUCGUCAUAAAAACUUUUGAGCCACUUCUGAACUUUUAAAGAAUUUUAAUUUAUGAGAGUUUUUUUUGCUGUAAUCCGUUUAUAAAUACACGUAGUGACUUGAAACUUGGUAAUAAUAAUUAUAUUGGACUUACCUAGACGUGGUAAAAUUUUCAAAAACAUCAAACGACUUUUUUUUUUGUAAUAAGCGUUUUAAAAUCAUAUUUAAACGAAAAUCGCAAAAAAGAUUAUUCAAUUUCUAAAUCAUAAAAUUAUCCGACGAAAAUGGUUCGAAUUCCGUAAAAAAUCCAUCCUAAUAUUUCUAAAUUCGGUUAAAAAUUAAUACGUAAUUUUGGGAUGUUCAAAAAUGUAACAUUUUCCUCGAUCCGUCAUAAAUCAAAUCGAUACAAAAUUUAUGUUUAAGUUUCGUUCAUAGUAAGUUAUAAAAUUGUUUUUGUCAGGAUACCAUAAAUUAAUAUUUGGUUUGAUGAUAACAUGCACGCAUAGACAAAUACUUCUUUGUAUUGUGUAUAAUGAUUUUUUUUUUUUUAGCGUAAUGAGCAUCGAAAUCGAUUUGUAUAUAGGGGUGGAAUGUUUGUAUCGGGUAUAUGAUGCAAAUAUAUUAUCGACUGGGUAUUUGAAAAUAUUUUGGAAAAAUUACAAUAUUAUUAGUCAUAAUAACAACGAAAUUUGAUGUUAUUUUUAUUUUUUUAACGAUAUAACAUCGGUAAUAAUAAUGAUAAUAUCAUUAGGUAUCUGUAUUGUCGUCGAUUUGAAAAAUAGAAAGAAAAACACUUUAUUGAUGAAAUUUUGACAAUUUUUUUGGUUUCUCGUAUGAUCGGCAAUAUUCCAUAGGUCUUGCAAGAACUACCCCCAAACAUUUUCUUCUCUCUAUAUAUAUUUACAUCUCCAAUAUAAUAACAGUUCGGGGAUUGGCCACCACAUGCGCCACACAUAUUAGCCUAACUAUAUAGUUAGGCCAAAUAUAUGUCGGUAGAUAUUAUCAAGAAAACGAUGGGCUGUGGCGUGAAGAAGGACCGUUGCCGAGAACGACGGUCGCGCUGUAGACGAAAGUGUACCGCACAAGUACAGACCGCUCAAAGGACCGACCGCGAGAAAGGAAGAUCGAGGGUGAAGCCGGCAACGGUAUCGGAACGGAGUAUCGUUAGACACGCGAAUCGUUCGGAGGACGGCAUAACGGUCAAAAAAGGCCUACAAUAUACAAUCGCGAAAUAACGAGACGUUUCCGGCAUCGGCGGGCAGAGCUGCUGUGCAUCAUCCGCGGUCGGGCCACGGUGAAAACGUCGCGCGUCGCGUUUCGGCGCGGUAGCCGCGGUCGCCGGCCGCGUCGUGGCGCGCAGCCGUUUAUUACGCGCCCGUCCGCCCCAUUCCCCGUCAAGCGUCAUCAUCACGCGCGAACGCGACAUUAAUCACGGCUCGAUAUUAUUGCCGGCGCUGUUGUAAUACCCGUGCGGCUGUCGACUGCAACAAUAACGUUAUUAUUAUUCUCCUAUUAUUGGAACAAAACGCGGAAGAUAUUAGCGGACGGUAUUAUAAAUCGCUAUAGCGCUGGGCCGACCGGCGGCGGCGGCGUCCGGAGGAGACGACUGGGUUGUGUAUACGUUAUAAAUAACGACGUGAACGGGUUACUCAUCCGACGCGAUGAUAAUAUUUUUCGAACGGAACGGACAGAUGAACGUCUCGCCGCCGAAGUCGCAGUCGUACACGGUGCGCGGGUAUAGAAAUCGUCCGACGGGCAAGGGCAAACGGCAGACGCGAACACUGUGCGUCGUGAAAGGGAGUACAAAACAUACUUAGAGGCACUGUUCGUAAUAAUAACACUGUGUAUUCGUUUUCCGACGCGUUUCCAGAGAUGUUUCGGCCGUGUGUAUAACUGUACACACACACACACACACACACGCACACGCGCACACGCGCACACGCGAACGUAAAUGCGUAUUAUUAUCUUAUUGUAUUUGAUAUUAUGUAUAGUGUGUUAUCGUUUUGGCCAUCUUCAUCGCGUAUAGUUACGGGCUACCCGGUAGAUGCGCGCCGAAUUCGACUGACCUUGAACUUGCUGCCUGAUUCCAGAACGCCGCGGUCCAGCGGCGCCGCCGCCGUCGUCACGACCGCCGACCGAAUCGCGCGAGUUUUUUUACCGCGAGCCACUACUAUCAUCGUCGUCAUUAAUGUUCUAUUACUAUAGAGUUCGUUUGUUUUAGCUUUAUAUGCAUACAUUAUAGAAAACACUAUCGGAAAUAAAGCAAAAUAAUGAAAAAAAUAACAUUGAUAAUCCUCCCCUACAUCAAAAAGAAAACACUAAUAGUAUUAUUUAAAAAAAAAAAAAAAAAAAAACGGUCGAUGUACUGAUCUAUUUCGUGUCUAAUUACCCUCCCUUAAAAACAUCUUCACUAACAGACAGACCAAACCUUCCUUCUUAACUUUUAGACUUUCCCCAGUCGUCUCUCAGCCGACCAGAGAGAGUGUUCCCUAUACAAAAUAUAACAUUUUGUUACAAAAUCUACUUAUUCGAUCAUUUAUCAUUCAUCUUCAAGUGAACACACGCCAAGCAAAAUCUUACUCCAAUGGGUGUCUGAUAGACAUUUAUCUUGUCUGUAAUCAGUUAACAAGUUUUUGAAUUCCGAACUUUUUUACAUUUGAGUUUUGUCGUGCUUUCCACGGGAUGAGAAAUAAAACAACUUCGAAUAGUCGCUCCGCUCACAGAAACGUUUUUAAAAUAUUUGUUCGCAAUUUCAAUAAUUUUACCCUAGUAUCAUAUAAUGAUAUUAUUAUAUUGUCUUACAAUUAUUUUUAUACAAACUCAAUAUGUAUACAACCCAAUUCGGUGCAAAGUAUACGUCCGGGUCUUUUUGUUUUAAUAUUUAUUUGGCCCGGAGGCGACGGGGCGUUUUAUACAGAGUAUAUUACACUUACUCAUUAUACCAUUAUUAUACACUGUCGCCUCGAGUCUUCAUAUUGCAGCGCAGCAGCUCUGGCUAUUAGAGUCUGGAAAAAUACGAUCCGCUCGCGUACACUAUAAUUCCAUCGCCGUCCGCGAUUAAUCUAUACGAUAAGUACGUCAUCGUUCGACGGGCCCACGCCCUAGUCGUCAUUGAUGUUCGCGCACAAAAAAUCGGAUCGAUAUUCCGUAAAAAAAAAAAAAAAAAAAAACAACAUUUCAAAAUAUAUAAUAUUAUUAUUGCCACACUCGCAUUUAUUGUCUCUCGGUCUAACUUACAGGUAACAUAGUAAAAUUACGUUGCUUAUAAAGUAAUUUGUGGCGUUUAGAUUUAAAUUCAAAUUUAAAGUAGCUUUUUUUCUAAAAAAUUGUCAUACAAAAGUUAUAGAUAUUUUUUUCUUAAAGAAAAAAAAAACGAUACUGCUGACGAUUGUGCCACUGUUCUAGUUAAGCCGUUAGGAUAGUAAAGGAGAAAUUUAAUGUAUAUAUGUAUACGCAACGAUCAUUUCUAACGAACAACGAUUCUGAGCGGAAUUCGCUUACACGUGUUUUAAGAGGUCAUAAUAUUUGCUAUUUGAAAAUAACACAUUUCAAAUAUUUUCCCGUUUUACCUACGCUUUUCUUAGUUGUUCCCAUUUAUUAUGAAAAUUUCUUGGGAAACCAAUAAGAAAAAAACUAACAAACAUCAUUGUAAAACCAAUAAAUUCACAAAAUAAAACCAAUACUGCACUCGGAAUCUAAACAUGACAAAUUUUUUGGCGUAACAUUUCUUUUUUCAAAAAAGGCUAUGCAUAGAUUUCGAAAAUACUCUGCAACCCUUUAAAUUUAGUUAUUUGUGUUUAAACUCCGAUUCCAACCUAAACGCCACUAUUCACGUUCUAUAACUCUUGUAAUUUUGAUAUGACAUCUGUUAAUUAGACUAGCUGAAACAGUAGAUGCGAGUGUGAUGUCCUCUUAACUCCCGGCUAAUAUACUACAAUAUUAAAUAUUACCGUUUUAUAGAUUACUUAGAUCAAACGACGAUAACGAUUUCUACAGUCAAUACUCGUACAUCGAUAUGUUGAUAUAGUAUUAUCAAAAUAAUUAUAUAGGUAUACGCGAAUGGAAAACUCGAUAGAAUUAUACGAAUACAAUUCAGUGAUAUUAUUUAAAUUUAUUGCUUCGGUUUAAAACAAAAAAAAUCACGGGCUUGCGAACUGUCUAAAAUAUGCCUAUACAUCUUAAAUUACUUUAAUCGAUGUAAAACGUAAGACACCAUUUAUCUGGAAAGUAUUAAUUUUUUUCAGAAUUUGUUUUGUAGAAAAUCUAAGAGACAAGCAAUUCUAAAAUUGUACAUUACAAUUUUUUUUUUUUGGUACCUUUACUUUCAGGGAUAAAACCACUAUAUACGUUUGAUUUUUAAAUGGUAACCUGAAUUAAAACCUCGUCUAUUCACGGAAUUUUUUAAAAUCAAAAGCGGUUAGUGAUCACCAAAAAUAAGGGUCAAAAUAUUGACAGAAAUAUAAAAUUACAUAGAUGCUUGUUAUGCCUCCUGAGAUAAUGAGUGUCUUACGUUACGUUAAACACUGGUAUAGAUAUAUGCACAUUCCUAAAAUAUUUUUGUUAUUUCUUAAUGUAUAUAAAGCCACCUACCAGUAUUUUGAGUAAGCGAAUAUUCGUGUAUUGCAAAUUUCGAAUAUUAUUAUUGUGGCAUUGAAAUGUAUUAUAAUAUAUGAUAAAAACCGUGCAGCACAGUAAUCUUUGAAGGCUUUUAAAACGUUAGUUCGCACGUUUUUAUUAUAUUCUAUUCAAAUAGUUGUUGUUAUUUUUUUUUUUUUAUGAUAAAAUUCGUGCUUUAAGCUCGGACCUCCGAAUCUCGCGACUUUUUUUUUUAGUAACUCAUUGAACGUUCACGAUUUAUAUUCAAUACCUGAACAAAAAAUAUUUGAAACACGCGACCGCAAAAUCGAUUUAUUAAACGAUUUUACCUAAUAAUUAAAUAGCUAUUGAAAUUUGUCAAAAAUACAAUCGUACCCACUGCUCACAAACAUGAAGAGCCCCAUGAGAGGUACGUGAAUUUCGCAGCCAAUAGCCAUAUACUAUAAGAGGACAAAUCAAUCAAAUUUACCCUCUAGGUACCAACCCUUCAUAUUUACUCGUAGAAUCGAUUAAUUGGUUGGUUUAUUUAUUUGCGAUCGUUUGCCUGCAGAAGAGGUUUUGGGGGUAAUUGCGCUCACAGGGUAGACCAGAGGAUCGACUCUCGUCCGGUAGAUCAGUUUUGUUGAACUCAUCAUUAAGUUAACAAAUGAAAACUAGUGUAUGGUUUAUUUAAUUAAUGUUUUUGGAUUCUACAGGAAAUCGGAGUUGUCCCAUACUGCAUUUUUACCCGUGGGCGUCCUUGUUUGAUGCAACGACUAGUGUUUACCAAUGCAAUACACAAUUCAAAUCAUAUAUUAGAUUUCGAUGUCCAAGUCCAUCUAUAUACAUAUGUAUAAGAAAUCCGGAAACGUGACAAUAGAGUAUAUAUUCUAUUUUCUUUAUGCUGAGUUACAACUCUCUGCAAAUAAACCUAUGGUUAUACAGAGCGUUGAACACUGCAUGUUUGUUGUCACACCACGCGUAUUUUAACACCGACAGACAACCGGUCACGACUUUAUAAUAAUAAUAAUAUUUUACAAAAGAAGAAAAUGACACCAACGCACCCAAUAAUAAUAAUAAUAAUAAUAAUAAUAAUCCCACAAUCAUAAGUCUUUUUAUAUUAGUAUAUAGGUGUAGACCGUUGAGUGUGACGAAACGACACAUAAGUAAUAUUAUUAAUAGCGAGACUAUCCGAUCGCUGGGUUUUUUGCACGUGUGCUGCUAUAAUAUAGGUACCUAGCUGGAUGCGUGUGUUUGUGUGUAGCGUGGACACAUUCCUGGCAGAUAGGCUGCACACAACUCUUAACCCAAACGGUCUUGACCUAAAACGUCGUGAUCUUUAUUUUAUGUUUUUUCAAACAGUGUAUUAUAUAUAUAUAUAUAUAUAUAUAUUUAUAUAGUUAGGCAGAUAGGUAAAUAGGAAUACGUAUAUUAAAUAGUUGUACUUACAUUGGUUGGGUAUUUUUUAUUAGGUGUAUUAAACAUUAACGUAGAAACAGUCGGACGUCUACACGUCCAAAAGUGGCGUUUGACGUGCCCUGCUAAUGGAUUAUACCUAAUAAUAAUUGUUUUUUCGAUUAUAAUAAUAUACGCUAUAACAAGGCUGGGAGAUUUAUCAGUUUUAAACUCAUAAAGUUAACUUAAUACAGACAAAGUAAAGUUAAGUUACCUCAUUGUUUCUGUUUAACUUCGUUAAGUUAAAAGUUAAUAUCUAAAAACAAAUAUUUAAGUUUCUAUUAACAUUAAUAAAAUUUCACAUUUUCGUUGGCAAUCAAGAAUAGUUAGAUCGAGAAUAUCUAAUAUAUUUUUUUGUUUAUCGUGAGCCAAAACGAGAAGAAAAUAAAAUCGCUGAAUGAAUGGUUAAAAACAGAAAAUAUUACUCGGAAUUUCACCAAAUUUGGAGAUUUAUCAAAUGAGAAAUAAAAUGUCGAAUUAUGCAAAUUUGGCAUCGGCCAAAAUUUAACGUAAACAACUUAAAAUGCACAAAAUAAACUCUAAGUCAAUACGUUGAGCAGUACACAAAAAAUGCAAAUUAUCCAGUAAUCGUAUAAAAUAGUAACUUUUAUCGCGUUAAUCUGGGCAUUAAGUCGCAUUCGAGAGUAUAACAUCGAUAUUGCGAUCAUUAUUCUCGCUAUACUACGACCUGCCUAUAUGUAUAAUAAUAAUUUCUGUAUAGGUAUCAACAAUUCGUUAAACCGACGACGACGUUGACGAUGACCUUUGAUCCGCGAAACACUGCAAAUCAAAUCGUAUUUUUUAUUAUUAUUUUCGUAUACAGUAUCAUUUACGAUGAUUGAAAACUAACGAAAAUAAAAACACAAUAUUACGAAAUAACCCUAUUUUAAAAUCUUAUCGCAUUAAUUUCGUUAGAUUUAGACGACGCGUAUUUUUGAUGUCAAGGACGUUUUUUUUUUUUUAUAUAAUAUUAUUAUUUUUAAAUUUAUUAUUUAUACACAUAUCUUGUAGUAUCGUUGACCCACGCUCGGGCGUUAUCGAAUACGCAUGUUUUAUGAAAAAAAAUAAAACAUCGUAAAUAGUUUGGACGUACGUAAUAAUACGGUGUGUGUGUAUGUGUGUGUGUGUGUGUGUGUGUGUGUGUGUGUGUGUGUGUGUGAGAACGUUUAGAUUUAUAAUAUUGUAUGUGUGUUUUAUAGCCACUGUUUUUUGUCGAAAUCGCGGCGGCCAUUAGAUCAUAAUAUCGACCUUGAUGGUCACGGGUGGACCAUAAACGAUGUACCACAGAGAUAACGCGUAAUAUUAGGCUGGUAUUAAGUGAAUAAUAUCCCAAAGAAUCGAGUCUACGUAAAACUAUCAGAUUGUCGGAAAACGACUUAUGCCACUUCUGUGCGCACAUUAACGGUAUAAUAUUAUAAUAUACUCUAGUACUACCUAUUGUUUUUUGUUUUUUUUUUUUUUUAAUAUAAUUAAUUAAUAAACGCGGAGUUUAAUUGUAGCCUACUCACAGACAAUAACAUAUUAUUAUGUUAAUCGAGCGAUUUUUUUUAAUAUGCAGGCCUACGCGUAAACCCGACGUUUGUUAUUGGGAAAAAAUCUUUCAAAACAAAACAUUUCACGGCGACGAUAGUACCUUUUUUUUCUCAAGUACAAAUUUUGAUGGUCUGCGGCGGUAUUAGGAGGCAUUAACUAUAUAUUACUAUUCAAAAGUCGAAUAUUUUUUGUCUUUAGCUCGACAAAUUUCUGUUUUAAUCGUACAGAUUCAUCUUUUUACCGGCAAGUAGAUAUUGAUUUGCUCUUAAAGCCGAACGAUUGAGUGUGGUUUUUUUUUGAAAUUCGAACAUGAUGCGUUCAAAUUUACUCAGUUGUGUUGUAAUUGAAUGUUCUGUUAGCGGGUGCAUGUAUCGGCGUAUAGCAUAUAUGUAUGUGUAUAGAUACCUAUAAAAAAAAAUAUACCUUAUCGUUUAACUGAACGUAAUUGUAAUUAUCCAAUGGUGAAAUAUUUUCAAAAUAUGACUUGGUUAUUUUUUCAUAAUUUUACCUUUUAACAAUAAGACGUUCAUUUGACUUGACACAACCGAGACAAUACUAUUGGUCGUGAUAAUUUGCCGUCGCCUUUGCGGUUUCGCAAGCGUAUAAUAAGGCGAAAACAAUAUCUCUGGUUGACGUUUGAAUAUCAUUCUGAUCGAUGAACAAUUGUGAAAUAACCGUAUACAUAAAAUAAUAUCGAGUGCCUACAGUCUACACCCACAAUAGUUUCAAGUUCGGAAUACGAUCGGUUAAUAAAAACUCAUGAUUACAUAAUAUUGUCGUCAACUUUGACAGUGAAUAUUAUGUCAACUAAAUUAUAUACGAGAUGCUAUUUUAUUUUUAGAUAGUAUUUACAUAAUAUUAAAUCGACAAUAUACGUACCUAUUGGUUUAAUCGUUAUACGAGUUCGCCGCAGACUUGACGCGCGAUUACAUCAGUGGUUUUUCCACGCGGUAUCCGUGUCAUUGUAUUAAUAUUAUAAAUGCAUUUUCGUUCUUUAUGAUAACUGUCGCUUUUCAACACAACGCAGGCAAUUUAAGAAUUUCGGGAAAGGGGGGGGGCAGAAGGGGAAGAGGGACGUAUGCGAUUAUCUACGUUUCCUCUCGUCUCUGAAAACCUCUCUUGAUAUACACAUUAAACGUGUUUUAUUAAGCAAUUUCUCCGGAAAACCACAGAAACAUCGACCGUUUGUCGUCAGAUGUUUUGACUACACCGAACUUUUAAAUACGAAGGACUCGCUGCAACCAUGCAGGAAAUGUCAUUUUUGAAAGUGUUCAUCGCGAACAAAAAUUACAUAAUAUUGUUUGAAAUAAAUAUAAGAAAAAUCAAUUUAAAAUUAUAAUUUGAUAUCACAAAUGUAGGCAACUACAUAUUUUAAAUGUAUAUACAAAAUUGUUCUAGUAAACAAUUUUACUUUUUAAGUCCAAAUUUUUAUUUUUUUUCCGAAUUUGGUAAAAUAUAUCAGUGUAUAAUAGUCAUAACGUGACUUUUUUGUCGUAGAAUUUAUAUAUAUUUAUUUGUAAAUAUAAUGACGAAUAUAUAAAGUUUCUAAAUUUUACGAAAAUAACUGCAGUACUUGAAUCUUACAAACAAAUAUUUAUUUUCCGUACUUGUCUAACGUUACUUGCGCGUAAAAUAUUAAAUCGUCAGUGUUACCGCAGUUACCGCGGUGAAAGAAAAUGUCCCGUUCAAAAUAACCAAAAAUUUAUGUUCGAAAAAAAUAUGGAAUUAUGUGGACGGUUGCUGCGGUACACCUUUCAAAAGGUAUACUUCAGAAGUCCAUUUACGUAUACUAAUAUGUAGACAUAUGGCAACAGUUUUAAUAAACUCUAAAUAUACAUUACUUUCUUUUAUUUUUUUCUACGCGGGGACAGUGACCCGUCCAACGAACGAUAAAUAUGUCUAUUUUUUUUUUUUUUUUUGUUUUAUUAUUAAAACAUUAUAUAAGCACCUUGUUAUUAUAUCUUUAUCAUACAGCUCGUUAUUUUUUUUGGAAUACUAUUAUUAGAGGUUAUUGUUUUAUUUGUUUAACCGGAUCAAUUUUUGAACUGCGUCAUGCAGGGCCACUUUUCUUAUAGUUUUGUAAUAAUAUUUUCGUGUUCUGAUUAAGAACAAUAUUAUUAUAAUACGUUUAAUACGUAUUAGUACGUUUCUAAAUACUUUUGGCGUACAAUUUUAUUCUCAUAUUAUAUUACGAGUAGAUGUACAAACUGCAUCAGUAUCGAUAUAGGUAUAAAAUAUACGAGUAUACAUUUUCGUAUUCUACAGACACUAUACGUUUAUUAUACAAACAUCCAGAAAAUAUAAUAUGACCGGGUUUUUAUGCGGUUUAGUACAUCCGUGUGUAUAAAAUAAAUAUUUGACAAUAAUCAAAACAUUUAAAUUCAAUCCGUUCGCGAAAUACAAAAUAAAAUCCCAUAAAUGGUCGUGUGCAUAGAGCUAAUAUUUAUGUAAUUUUUUUUUUUCAUCUGGUUAUUCAUAAAAAAAAAAAAAAAUAAUAUAGUGUGCACAUUUUAGGUCAAGACCAUUUACUACUAUAUUUAUAUACAUACACACGGUUUACGUCGCACAGCUCGGGUAAUUAUCGUAUUACAAUAAUUCUGCUAUUUGUUGUGUUUUUUUUUUUUUUAAAAGCGCAUAACACGUGUACAUGUCAUUUAACACGAUAGUCCAAUGUCAAUCCAAUUCGUCAUAACGGUUUUCAUUUUCGAAGCUUAUGUGUAAUAUCGGUAUCUAAUAUGACGAAUUUUUCGUUUCUGGUUUUUUUUUUUUUUUCCGUAUAUUAUCGCAUGAGGAAUUUUUACUGAAAAAUGUGAAAAAAUCUUUGACAAAUAAAUAUUAUAGGAAUACCUAUUUUGUUUAUGGUUCUUCACCCGUGGAAACAGGAAAUAAGAAAUCCACGGGAUAAGGAAAAAUCCCCCCCCCCAUCCAUGACCAAUACCCGACGUGGUUUCGCAUAAAAAAUCCGAGGAUUAUUUUCGAUUAAGCAAUGUUAGAAUAUUUCAGGUGAACGACCUCAAUAAUUAAACAGUGUAUUUUUCCCUUGUCAGGCGUACGGGUGGAAGGGAAUGGAGACACUUGUUUACACUCGUUCAUAUCGGGACUGAAUCUAAAAUAACUCGCGAUUUACGAAAAACCACAUCGGGCGGGUCAAAAGGGGAGGUGCCAUUUUUUCACUUCUCUCGUCGGAUCUUGCUUUUCUGUUGUCACGGAAGAAAGAACUGCCCGAGACCCGGCGUCAGAUAAGAACAUCCAAAUAUCUGUGAAAUGUAAACAGCCCCUCCCUGCAGUAUUCGCACCGACCAUCGUAACUUAUUCGGAGCAUGCGCGGCGUUUCAAUGACCGUAUUAAAAUAAUAUAAUUGAUAACGAUAAAAGAAACGGUAAUACCGUGGGAGACGCGAUAAGUACCCAGUGAGUUGUUUGAAAAACGGUUAUCGCCUGUGACCUUUUCCCGCUGCUGUACACGCCGUCACACACGACAUAAUUAAUCUACCGCGAGUGUAUCAAGCGCAAUAUCCUCAACGGGCCUCAAAACGCGAAACGCAUAUCACGAUCAUGUUUUAUUUAAAUUUGCCUGUGAUCCCGUAGACUAUCUCGCGUUACAAUAGCGUUGAGGUAGGUAUAGGGUCACGCGUCGUACACCCGCAUUAUAGUGGCUACCAUACGACGCGCACACGAUACCAUACAAUAAUGAUGCGACACGGCCACGAAAAUACGUUUUAUAAAUUUUAAUAAUGUCAUGAGAACCAAGGUAGGUGGAAUGCACGAAAAUGCGACGGCGGUCGAGACGGGGGUUAUUGCGGUAACACAACCGGCGGUAACCGCGAUUAUCCGCACUCGACGUACGACGUUCCGCAGAUAGCAUAAUCAUCGCCCGCGAUCUCCGGGGCCGAGGGUUUCGCACGACUCCGGGUGAACACGAAAAACGGCUAUUACCGUGUAAAACAAAUUACCACGCGCGGGAGUUUCGCAACGAAACGAUAUUGCACGGGGAUUCGAUUGCGGCGACGGCGCGGCCGCCGCGGGCCGCGAAAAAUCCCCGCGGCAAUCCGCCAUCGCGAACCUCUGCUGCAGGUACCGCGGCCGGGUGGUGCCCGCGCGGCGACGUAGUCGAUACAACUUCCGGAAGAAAAGAUGUCACCGUUCCGUUUUGUUGGUCUCCGCGGGCCCGCGCGAACCCGGGGACGGCGCGCGCGGUCGGGGGCGCGGUCGCGCACAAACGAUUUCAGAAAGUCGCGGGCCAAAAGAGAGCGCGUGGGCGCGCCGAGAAGACGACGACGGGGCCCAUUGUCCGCGGCGCGGCUGUUCCGUCGUACGCGCGCGCAUUAUGCUAAUCAGACUUUCUACCGUUUUGUCGUGUUCUGUGAACGGACGCGAGCGCGGGUAUACGAUCUUGACAUUGCGCCGCGGACGACCGCAGCGAUUCCGCGGUCGAAAGCGAACGUGUUAAUCGAUAUUCGCGCGCUCGCCUAAUGUUUUAACGUUUCUGCCGUCUGCGCUGCAGGCGCUAACGCGUUUCGCUCUAUGGGUAGUCGAUAAUAAUAACGACGACGACGAUUAUUAUUGUUAUUAUCAGUAGUAGUAAUGGUAGUAGUAUAGUGUAGUAGUAGUAGUAGUAGUAGUAGUAAUUGUUGUAGUAGUAGUAGUAUUACCGUUUUUGUUAUCACCUCGAACUCCGCCCGUUCGUUCGUCAGACAUCGUAUUAUUAUUAUUAUUAUCGUUAUUGUUGUUAUUAUUAUUAUUAUUAUUUUGGUUACGGUAGGUGCUAUUGAUAAUUUAAGGCUAUCGCGGACCGCCGGCUUCUCGCACGUCGCGUCCGUCAUUAUCACGUUUCGAUAAUUUAUUUUUCAUUACUAUUAUCAUUAUUAUAUUAAUAUAUUUUUUUUUUUUUUACGUAUACUAUAUAUAUGUACACAUUUCGCGUAUAUUACAACCUAUCGUAAUAUAAUAAUAUCGGUAACCUUUCAUUGAAAUAUCAUUCGCAAUACGAAAAUUACUCAUACAUCGGUUAAAUACGCGAUUCCUCCGAAAAAUCCUUGUGCCGACCGUCACUCGGGGUUGAAAUUUUUUUUCGGGGGGAGGGAGGGGGUUCUGUUUAUCGUUUUCUUCAAAACGUCUCAGCCGAACUGUGUUUAUUUUCGAAAUCUUAUCGUUUUUAUUUUAUCGAACUAUAAUAUCCACAGUCCGGAGACGAACGUUUUCGCGCCCGAUAGUUUCAAUUGAACAAAUUUUAGUGAGAUUGCCAAACAGAAGCGGAUUAAAUGCAAGAAAACAGGGUGAGGAGACAGGGGUGUUGAUCAUUAAAAUGUAUAAUUGGCACAGAAUAAUGAUACAAAUGAAACAUAACGAGUAUAUUGGGAAGCAAACGGGAACGGUCGCUUCCAUCACCUCCCUCCCUGGAUUUGCCAUUGUUGCUUAAUGGAUUAAUUUAUAAAUAUGACGUUUAAAAUGGCUAAAGUCGUAUAAUUAUAAGACCUGUGCUAUUUUGUCAAACAAAAAGUACGUCAUACUGUGACUGAAGAUAAUUUAGUUUUCAGUUUACCGCGUGUUAAAAUAUAAUUACAGUUGUUAAUGCACUUAUGCCAUGUAGCCUAAAAAAUAAAGGAUGAAAAUUACGCAAGAAAAAAAUUAUAAAAAAAAAAAUCUUCUCCUGGAUCAAAGAUAUAAUUCAUCUAUUUUAGAAAAUUAAUAUUUUUUUUUAAUAUUUGUGAAUUAAAACGAAAUAUGAUUUUAAUAUUAUUUUCCCUCGUUACGCGAUUAAAAAUAUUCUGAUAUAAUAUUAAUAUAUUUUUGAACGAGAUAAUAGUGUUAUCGUCGCUGAAUCGUCUUGGCUUUUAUUCCGUUCAAACCGAUAUUAAAUUAUUGGGGUAUUGAUUGGUUGUAGUCGCAUUAUAAUAUUAUUACGAAAAUGGUAAUCUCUAUCAUUGUUUUGGAUCUUCUAGUCACGAACCCGUCGAAUACCCUUGAGCCGAGUAUUAAAUAGGUAUAUUAUAUUAUAAUAUUAGACUCAAAAAAAAAACCAUUUCGUUUUAAAAUAAUAAUGUGUAUAGAUAGUAUUGAAAUUAGGUUUACGAAAUAAAUAUUAUUAUAAAACCAGGUUUAAUUAAAAUAGGCAAUAAUUUUUCUCAAAGUUUAAAAAAACCGCUGGCGCGUCUAUUGAAAACGAAUAUUCAAAGUCAUCAAUGGAUUUUUUUUCAGUUUUACGUUUUUUAGAACACUAUUAUUUUCAUUUUAUCGAGUUCUAGACGUUUUCUACACGUCCGUUGUUUGGCGGUUUUCGAAUACCGAUGUUAUGUGUAAAAUAGUAGGUAUAUUAUCUAUAUAGAAGAGAAAAUGAUAAUAAUACGUAUUUGUUUUUAUUCCAUAUUUUCCAAUGUGGUCUGAACCCGUCUUCCGCGUGUAUUAUUUUAAUAUUAUAAUACAGAAUUUCACAUAAUAAACAUUAUGAAAUAUACGGUGAACACAUUCGCUUUAAUAUUAUUUCAUUAUAUUAUUAUAUUGUGUACACAUAUUAUAACACUACAAGAUAUGCACAAUAACCUACAAUUUUUACAAACACACAAAUUGCAUAGGUAUAGGUACUGGCAAUAUUGAAAACAAUCGAUCGUCACAUUCAAAUAGAACGAACGAAAAUCGGUCGAUCCGAAAUAAUUGUUAACUUUAGACCAACAGUAAUUUCCACGUUCAUAGUUGGUUUUUAAAAUUCGUGAAUUUUAAACGGUUCAUACGCGACACGCGAACUUUACUGUUGAACCGUUAUUAGGGUUCAGUCAAAACGUUUCCGUGCAAUCAAUUAAAAUUAAUUAAUUUAAUUUAAACUAAACAUUAUUUUUAUUACGGUUAAUGGCCGGUGUUUCUGACAUUGGGCGGUGCUGAGAAUGUGCAAACGCACCGAUUGAAAUUAAACAGUUCAGACAAAAUGUUUUUACACCGUCGGUUUGUUCGCAGGAUGUUUGUUGUAAAUUCUGGUCACCAAAGUCAAAAGGACGUAAUAACCGCAUGUGUGGUCUUCGUCUUACAAACGUACCACAUAGAUAACAAAUUUUCGUUCAACGAGGAACUACUUUGUGCUAUUCGUUUUAAUAUUUAAGUUAAUAACUGCGAAUAAUUAUCUAACUGAAAGACAUUAUAAUAUCAUAUGCACAAGACAUGGAUUUGAUUUUCGAUAUUUCAAUGUUUAAGCGAGUUAUACCGUGCACUGUAUGCAUGGGCACUGGUGCACUGCGUUGUUUCGGUGGUCAAAUUUGAGACGUAAUAAUUAUUGUAUGUCGAUAGCGCAUGGAAAUACAUACAUGAAUUUUUUAAAAUUGAAUCAAAUCAAGUACUUAGAUUCCAUAACUGAAUUUUUUUAAUAAUUUUAAUGGAUGGAUUCUACAGGUUUUAAUCUAUUAAAAACAUUCCUUAAUAAAAAAAUCAUGCAGCGAUGAAAUGGACGUGUUAAUUGUUGCAAUUUAAAAAUAUAUAAACCUGUAUCGCUUGGAAAUUAAAAUAUCGACAAACGCCUACACGGUUGCACGGAUAAAAUGAUCGUAUACCUUUAUGUUUGAUAAUAGGUCGAUUCGCUGUAUUAUUAAAGUUAACGGCACCGAGUUUUCCCUGUUGAAAUCAAAACUUUGCUGUGUCGUGCGUGUGUACGUCGGAAACGGCACACGCGAGUGUAGCGCCCUCUUAAAAAUAUUAUAAGUAUCUAUAGGUUCGAGAUGUAAUCGCGAGCCUCUUGAAUCGUUUAGUACGUUUACUGCAGCAACGGGGAUGCCGUCAGUUAUUUGUAAAGCCGAAAAAUGAAAGCCGAGGCGACCGUUCACGUUUUGACCUCUUGCCUUUCGUCCGGCAAAAGUAAUUGAAAGGGCCCCCAGUAUGACUGCGAAAUAUCAAUAUCAUAGUAUAAUAUCAAGAGUGUAUUUAUAGGGGUUUCGGUGCGAAAUAUCGUCUUGUGGACACCGCGGCAGUGUUAUUUUGCGUAUUAUUAUAUUACGCGUUAAGUCGCCGUUAUAAAUCGUCGUAACGAAUACGACUCGAGCAUAGCGUAGAAUAUAGUUUUUGGACUCGUGCCGACACGUGCUCUGGCGUCACGGGUGUAACCGCACCCGGGCGCAUAUUUUGAAGAAAAAAAAACAUACAGACGAUGGCGUCUAUUAUACAAAAUGAAUACAUUAUUAACUAUUAGUAUUUCGUUUUACAUAAUCGUUUUACAUUGUGAUAAAGUCGCCCUAUAUAACAGUGUAUCACAGGUCUCGUUUACCCAUGUUAAGUAUCUGUACACGGAUACACAGUGAAAGCACGCAGUACGUUUCGAUUCAUUUUUGAACGAUGCUCGGAUUGACAAUUUUCGCGAUCAUACGUACCUAUAGUUUUUCAGUAUUUAUCGAGAUUAUCCGAAAAACGAGAUUUUUUUCGAAAUUCCGAUUUAGUUGAUGAUAAAUUCAAAUUUCGUAGUUUGAAUUGAUUCUUAAAAAAACAAAGAAAAUUUUAUUAUUUUUCUCAUAGCAUAUGAAAAUCGCUGUAAACUAGAUUUUAUUACCGUCACCCCGUAUAUACAUUGUUAUAUUCGACCGGCCCGCCUGUUUUCUUUCACCACGCGGUAGCCGUGAUCUAUCACGACGUAUGUUAGAUACGGUAUUUUGUAUUUUAACGAUUUAUAAUACUGCGACAUACGCAUAUUAAUUCGGUUUUUGAUUUAUACAUUUUAUGUUUCAGACCGACACGAACGGCCGGACCCGGAGACAGAGUUUUCUAGAUUUUUUACCGUGGAAUUCCAGAGUGGGUAAGUCGCAUGCCAGCAUAAGAAAACUAAUGAUAUUUAAACGGCGGCGUGGCGCGCAAUUAUAAACACACACAAUUGUUCCUGUCCAUAAAUAAUAUUAUUAUGUUAUUUAUUAAACGCGGAUCGUAUAAUAUACAUUUUUUUUUUUAUUUUUUUUUUUUUUUGCAUUCGGGUUAAACAAUCAUUCCGGGUUCCUAUUGUUUUUGCGGUCCGGAGAUCUUCCCGACCGCGGAACAACCGCGCGCGUUAUUAUAUUAUUGUGAGUACCGUAAUUAUUAUAUAUUUUUUUUUUUUUUUUACUUUUGAAAGUUACGAAACACCUACUACACAAUAUUAUAUUAUUGUUGUAUUGUAUAUAUAUAUACACGAGAGUGUACUAUAGUUUCAUUAUAGAUAAAUUAGCCCUCUUUAUAAAAAAAAAUACAUCUAUAUAUACAAGAGUAUAAUAGUAUAAUAUAGGUAUGCCUAUACAUUAUACCGGAAUCCCGUCAUAAGUAUGUAUAAUUGUUUUUUGUGUACCUGUAUAAUAAUAUACAGGAUACGCCAUUAAUAACUGUACAAUAUAAUAUAAUGUAUUACCUCUCGAUGAUUCGAAAUAUUCAGUAAAUCGAACUAAACGCUUGAUCUCCUAACAAAACCUCUAUAUUCAAAGAAAAUACACGUAUUUCAAUUCCCUAGAUGGAAGACACUCUACAAUAAAUUCAAAUGUUUGUGUACAGGACCUGUUUAAUACCAAAUGUAUAGCAGUUACCCGUACUCGUACUCAAUAAGAACUUAUGACCUAUGUUAUCAUCGGAAAAUACGACAUUGACCGUAUAUUAAACAUGAAGUAUAUGUAAAUAGAGCAUACUUGAAGAGAUUUCUAUAUUGUUUGAAGAUUUGUUCACUUCGAUGAUAACUUCUGCCAUUAACGGUACUUUUUCCGACAAGAAAAUAAUACAAGCUAUCUAUUAUAAUGAAUCGGCAUGAUUCUGAUAAUGUUAAUGGGAAAAAGAAGACCUACCCAGGAAAGGUUUCUUAUUGUAUUGUCUAAAGAAAUACAAUUUCUUAAACUCUUUUUAACUCGGUUUAUUUCUAUUUUCCUUUCGAUAAUUCAAACUCUCGCUAAUUCGGAAAACCUCUAUAAAUUUAAUUUUCAGCUCGAUCCCCUGAAUUUUGAACUAUCGAGAGCCUACUGUAAUAAGUAGAUAUGUAGGUGUGCAUUUAAAGAUAAGUCGGUUAGAUUAAAUUUGUAGUUAUCGGCGUCGUCGUUGGAAAGUUUGGAUAUAGAAAAUUAAAAUUGAUGCGAGCCGUGCCAUAAAGAUUAUAAUAACACAUUGUCAAUUUAAAUGUUAAGGCGCCAAACAACAAUGAAGUGCAAGCGAAAAAUAAAUUUACUGCAAUAGAUCUCAAUUAGUCCUCCUGCAGCUAUCUCUAAUGUCCGUUUUUAAAAUCUACCGAAUUGGUUAGGUUAACUCCCGCAGUAAAGCUUCUUUUUUUAUUAUGUCUUUCCACGCAUCAUCCUCGGCCUUCCCAAAGAUUGUUUCCCUUUGCCGGGCAAUCUGUUUCAGUACUUCUCAUAAACAUAGUAGAGAAUUCUGCUUUUCCACUCAUUUCCAGCCAACUCAUUGCGGCAAGGCCACCCACAGAAAUAUUUCUCAGGAAAGGGGGGGGGAAGGUAAUAAAAUAAUAUUUUAUUUUUACCAUAGAUUCUAUUUUGUAAACCCAUACAAUUAGAAUUUUAAAUUUCAAAUUAGAAUUUGUGAUACAAUCAAAGAUAAUAACUAAUAAGCAUUAAAAAAUUAUGUAUUUAAAAUUUAAACCGUAAAUCCAUGUCCCAUGAUUUAAAUAAUUGAGUGUUCGUAUUACACAUAUUGGUCCUCCCUUGCGGGUGGCCUUGCAUAGCAAUCUUUCUUUCUUCUACGGUCUCUAAAAUAUUUUUAUCUCAGAACUUUAUAUCAUCUGUAGCUCGUUUACUGUUAGCCAAAGAUCAUUCGCAAUAUUUCCUUUUUGAGUACCAACUACCUACGCACUUUAUUUUCGUCCACUUUCAGAGUUUCAGAUCCAUACAAUAAUACUGGUCUUAACAGCGAUCGUGAACUCAAGUCUAUGGCAGCACUUAUUUCCUGGCUGAAUUCAGAUUACUUUUAUUUAUAUUUAUUUAUUUAUCCGAGAAUAUAUAUAUAAAUACAAUAAAAUAUUAUCUAAAAAUAAAAAAGCCGGGGGAGUUUUCUCGAUCGAUUUGUACUCGUUUAUAGAAAUGUAUAUACAAUUUUAAAAAUCGCACGUUAUCUUAUAAUUGAUCAAUGUCAUUACAGUAAAGUACCUACAUAAAGGUCACGAGGAACAUACAAGUAUUAUUAUUAUUAAUUACCAGGAUGUACACCUAUAAUGUGCGAAUAUCGACGUACGAAGAGGCUGCAGUGCAGCAGAUCAUGACAUUAAUAAUAAUAUAUGGGAAUGCCAUAACUAUUAUUCAUGCAAUAACGUCACGUAUAGUACUUCUCGAACACGCUUAAAUAGCUAUACAUAACUACUUAAAACUAUAAGGUAACCAUAAUAUUUAAAAAAAUAUUUAUCUUGGAUUACAGAAGAUCCGUAUUAAUAUGUACCUACCGGCUACCAUUCUAUAUUGGAGAGACUUUUGAAACUUGGCUGUAAAUAGUGCCGUGUAAAUUCUAACAGCGGCCGAAUAGAAUACCUAUAUUAUUAUUAGAUAUGUAUACAUGUUUUUAGUCAAAAACGUACUGCACCUACGUUCGUUAUUAGUGGACGGUGAAACAAGCUCAUUUUGGAGGACGUAUUUUUAAGUCGUAUACAAACAAAACCGUUUUAUUUGCGCGUUUUGUUUGAUACUCGCGAUGAUUUGACUGCGCGAAUACCUAUACGAAAUAUUACUAAUCGAAAUGUAAACUUAUAAAAUCUCGACGGCGACGAUUUAUACGUGUACGUAUAAAUAUGUACAGAACGCGAUCGUUUCGUUGUUGAUAUUAUUAUUUUUUUUCGUUUCAUCCGGUGACCAAACGAAAAUAUUAUUACUUAACAUAACCCGAUCGCAACGUAUAUUUUUUCAUACCGUCUCGUAAGCAACGGACCAAACGAAUUUAAUUAACCGACCUUCGUGUUUAGAGGCAGUUUAUUAUACAUUAUACUGCUGCAGACAACGCCGCUUAGCUGUUAUUAUGCUAUAAGAUUAAGAAAAAAAUAAAAACUAAAAAUAAAUAGUAAAACGUUAAAACUCAUAGAUUUUAUAUCAGUAAGUUUAAAUAUAAUAAUCGUAAAAAAAAAUUUGAAUAAAAAAUCGAACUAAAUUUUUCGUCGGUCAAAUUAAAAUAUUAUAUACAGAACAAAGUAUACGCAAAAGACGUGUUUAUUGCUUUUAAUACGUUGGGAGACAUGAACGCUUGAAUGUCGGUGUUACUUGCCUUUAGCCAAAGUGACACGGGAUUUUUGUUACGGGUUACUUGUUUUCAUUUCGGUAACAAACAAAUUUGCAUACAAAAAUUGAUACAUUUGCCGAAAUAAACAGAACAAUGGUGUAAAAAUAAAAACAAUAUUAUUACAGACUACUCUUAUAAUGAAUCUAAAUUUAGUUGUAUUUUUGUGUAAAAAAAACGUAGUAUAUAAACUGUAGACUGUUAUUUCAGUUGUGCUGUAGGAGUGUAGGGUCGCAAUAUUUAUAUUAAAAAUGUCAAUCCCCUUCCAGAAAUUUGAAUGGAUAGUUUUUAAUAAUUUACUAUCAACAAACAUUGAAUAUGAUUUUUAGAUAUAUUUCGAAAACGAUUGAAUUAAAUUUGCUUGGAAUACUUUACGUGUUUUACGUAAUAUAAUAUUUAUUACAACGGAAUAAUAUGCACAAAGAUAAUUUAAAUUAAUUAUUGUUAUUCACACAGUAUGUUCUAUUUUAUGAUUAAAUUCGAAACGAAGAGUUUUACGAUGGUAGUUAUAAUACAGGUAUUAUUAAAAAGCGUGGAACUCGCAGACAUAUUUUAUGACGAUUUUACGUACUUUAUUCGGAGUACUUACGUGAAUUUUGAAUCGGUUAAAUAAUAAGAUAUUAAAUAGAAAACCACGCUCGCAAUAGUUAUACAAAUAUAAGUAAAAAUCGAGUUUUUUUUUUCAAAUGUUUAAUCCUUGGGAAAUAAGUAGAUACCUAUUAUACGUAUUACGUUUGAAUUAGAGAAAACGUAAACGUGAUAUUAAUAAUGUUCUAUUUCGAUAUAUGUACAAACAUUUGUAUAAUAUUAAAAGUUGCUCGCAGACUUUUUCGCCAUAUACGCGCGCGAUAAAGCCGUGCAUCAGGACGUGUAAAAGUAAUAUCAUCACAAUAAUAUUAUUAUGAGAUUGGGAUGUAGGUAUAGUAGCGCCUUAUAUCCAAUAGAUUGCCUUGGUCUCGUGAAUAGAACUAUAUAAAAUGUAUAUCGUGUGAACAGCUAAAGCGAUCGAGUAAAAAAAAAAAGAUAGUAAAAUAAUUGCUAUAAACGGCGGCAGUGACGGUUCGAACAUCUGUUGUCAAAGAAAAUAAUCAUUGAUCUUAUCAUCGUAUCGCGUACUGUUUUGUGGUACAAACGUUACAAAGAAUACGGUUGAAAAACUUUACUUCGUUUUUUUUUUUGUGUUACCAAAGAGUUUUGCGAUAUUGGAAACCGGAUUUUAUAACGCGUAUAUACCAAAUCAUUUCUCUCAGUCCCGUAUCUAAUUUCUGAAAACGCUUCUAGCGAUGUCUAGCGAUGUUCGACAGACUGAAAAUCGUAUGUCAUAUUAUUUUAUAAAUACAAAAAUCUCAUAUAAUUUGUGUAAUUAUUGUCGAAUUUUAUGGCACAAUAAUUAUUUUCAUAGAUAAGCUCAGAAAAUAUCUGUUGACAUUCCGAAUGGUUUUUUCGAUUCAAUACCACAAAUACGACUACACUAAAAAUUUAAAAAAAUAAUAACAAUUUUUCAGAAAAUCCAGUGGUUAAAUAAAAAUUUCAUACUUUAAAAUCUAAUCGUAUUUUUUACCGAAAUAACUGCCGCAAGCGCUCAAAAAUACUACGCUUCAAGAGCAGGUCUCUCCAAACACCAAACGCACCUCUGAUUGCCACUGCUGUGAGUAAAAGGUAGUGCGUACCAAUAAUUACGAAAAUAAAUCUGAGAUUUUACCAAAUAAACGUUUGAAACCCCAGCUGUAGUUAUAUUAUGCUAUCAGCGUGAUCAUCAAAGCGUUGCUGAAAAAUUGCACUUUCUUUCAAACGAAAAAAAAAAAAACUACCAUACCCAGUGGGUAGGUGUACCGUAUACGCACUGCAUCACAAACAGAUAUUGCGAUACUAUUAACCUAUGUUAUACACAAAAGCGUUUAUACGAGUGAAACAAUAAUGCUAAUAAUAAUUAUUAUUAUUAUUAUUAGAAAACGUUUGCCGGGGGCGCUGUGCGUAGGUAGACAAACAACGCCGUGGAGCGAAUGUCGCCGACGAUAAUAUCAUCCGGUCAUCCGGGCGAAAUUUCACCGCGCGGGUCCGGAAAAAGUUGCGUUUCGUAUGCGUUAUUUCGUCAUCAUCGGCCGGCGAUGAUUCGGAUCUGACGGUUAUUAUGUACAGGGUAGGGCGAUGCUAUUUAAAAUUCAACUUGGUGAUGUCUAAAAACCUAAGAAACAGUGAAAUUUGUUAAGUUUUAAAGGUGGCUGAUAAAAGUGUCAUAUAAAAUAGCUGGUAUAUAAAAGCGACCUUUUUAUAAUGAAAUGGUCUUCAAUGUUUUCAGAGGCCCUUAUAAAACUCCACAUCUAUAGCAAAUUGACAAAGUAUCCCAAAAAUAUUUUUAAAGUUAAAUUUUAAACGUCAUCCGUUAAGGGUCAUCUGUUUAAAAUACCAAAAAUAAAUAGAAUUUUACUCAUCCAUCACCUUAGUCCAUCUAUAAGGAUCGCAAAACUCGAACUCGCUAAAACCUAUGGAAUUACGUGGAUGCAUUUUUGCGUUAGUAGUUAUGCUUCGUUGUUUUCAUAUUUCAUACCCAAAAGAUGCGGAAUUUUUAUCUGUUAUGAUACAUUGAUUGAGACCUUUAUCAGCAUUGUUAACAGUUCACUCCCUAAAUCCAUAUUUGUUUAUUUUAAUAUGCAUUGAUUCUUAGGUUACUUCGAUAACAAUUAGGAGUAAAAAAGUACAACUUAUACAACUCUGCUCAGAAUCGGUUUUUGUUUUGAAUGAUUUUGUUUAUGUGAUUUAUAAUUACAAUAUAGAAUAUAGACCAUAUUUUACUUUUUCAAAUUCGCUUCGCGUUGUAUUAUAUUGUAUAGAUCAUCAAAAUCAUCUCGCUGAACAAAUGCUUUAUUUGUCAUAAGACAUUUUAAACAAAAAAUUGUGGGUUUGAGAUGUAGAGAUUCUUCGUAUCGAUAUCGAGUCAGACCGUCUGCAAUGGUAUUUUAAAAAUAGUGUGCGCUUUCCUGAGAAAUGGGCAAGUACGUAUUAGGAAUAUUAUGAUUCCAAUUCCGGCUAUGAUAUUUUGUCGUGGCUAUACAUAUAGCUAACGCACCCUGAAUGAAAAUCGGUUGCAACAAACAUUCGCAUGGUGUACGAUGCAUGCGAUAAAAAAAAUAUAAUAAUAUGAAUAGGUAAAGAAUGGCAUUGUAUCAUAGAUUUUUUAACGCGAAAACAAUAAGAUGUACGAGAAUAAGUCAUAAAACGUUUGUUCGCCGUUUUUUUAUCGCGUAAUCAGUAAAAAGUUAAAUAUUUACACAAAACUUGGUUUUGUAAACUUUGACCUUGAAUAAUUUAUAAAGCUCACAUGAUUUCGACGGAGACUUUUCAUAUAUUGCAUCAUGUAUGCUAAAUUUGGCUUGUUACCAGUUUUUCCGAUCUGAGGUCUAUUUGUCGUGUAAUUUGACUGGGCUAGGAUUGUGUUAUAUUGCGACAAAAUCGUUGUUUGCCCGCCCGGUCCCGAUUUCAUGAAUCGGAAACGUUUUCCCAAUGUCCGGAUGUGUAUUUUUUUGAGAGAUGACGACGACGACGAUGAUGAUAGUAACCCGAGGUCAUGUGUCCGAGUCUUGAACAAUGGAUGGCCUCACGUUGUCGUUUCCUCCGUCUUUAUACUACUUUACACGCGCAUUUUACUCGUUGCGGCUUUUCACUGAUACGAGAAGUUUAAUAUUUUUCCCACACCGAGUUUCAGUCGUCCGUCGAUAUACAACAAUAUUAUUAUUCUCAUCCAAAUCUCUAUACUACAAAACACGACUACACAAAAUCAAUAAUAUUAACAAUUUCAAAUUAAGUUGAAUUAAUUAACCUAACCUUACCAGACCUAAUGCAGAAUUAACUGUAAAAAUUGAAUUUCAGAACACUAAAUAUAUUCUUAAUGUACUUCAAAUCUGGAACAAGAUUUCUGGUUAAAAAACUAAGUCAAAACAAUUUAAAGUGAAGAAACUUUUAUUUCCAUAAAUUUGUCUGUUUUUACCUCUCAACUACAUUCAAAAUGCUGUAAAAAAUCAUUCUUGUCGUUUUGGAUUGGAGUAAGAUUUCCGGUAGAACAGUUGUGAUAGACAAAAAAAAAAUCACAUCAUAGUAAAAUCAAAUCCAAUACAUGUCUCGUUGUAUUCAGAAUCUAAAAAUAUUCAUUAUUUAAGUCACAUAAUUUUAAGAAAAUAAACAAAUCAAUCGUUCGUCUUUAGCAACUAUUAUAAACGAAUUUUUAAGAUAAUAUUAUUAAUCAAAAACUUUUAAGUUUUUAAACGGUUCAAAUUGAAUUACUUAAUAAUACUUUACAAUAAUAUAAAGUUCCUAAAAAAAAAAAAAAAAAACCAAAAAAACUUUUUAAUCUGACUUUAACGUUUAUAUUGAAAUGCCUCGCACCGUCACGACUACAUACAAAUAUAUUCAAGUAUUAUUCGAUUAAAUAUAAUAGAGAAAUUAUUGUAUUUUUCACGGCCAUUUUUGCUAUGGACUUUCAAUUUUCAAACGAUUUCCCGCUGUACUCGCCCAUGCAAUAAAUUAUUAUUUUUCAUUUUCAUAACGGCCAGUUCAAAGGUUCUAUUCUCACGAUAAUAGUAUGCUUUUUUUUACAGCGGCCAUCUAUAAUAUUAUAUUAUAUUAGGUACCUACUUCGUUUAUUCUUAUUUUUUUAUUUUUUUUUUUCUACUGAUUACGAAACGUUAUUUCGUGAUUUUUGUCACGAACGACGUGCAUAUAAUAAACGGUUCACACACAACGGCAGCUCGUUCUGACGGUAUUUUUUUUCUUUAAUAAACUCAUACCUAUAUAUACGUAAAUUAUUAAAACAAUAAGUCAUUAGCCCGAAAAAAAAUAAACGUAAUGGUACGAAAUAUUACAUGAUUUAAUAAUCAUAAAAAUCCAUACAUUUUCGUCAUUGAUUUUGGUGUUUAAAUCGUUAAAACAAUUUCAAAGAUUUCGUAUAUACAGAUGCGAAACUGUAUAUAGUACAGAUGGAGGAAACCGGGUACAAUUGUAACACUUUAUUUAUGUAUAGCUGUGCAUCAUAAUAUAUUUUUUACCAGCGGUUUUUCUUGUACUAAAUGAUAAAGAAUGUUGUCUAGUUUCUUGAUAUGCGUUGUAGGCCAUAAUUUAUAAUACAUUUAAUAUCAUAAUUUUGUUGUUUUUUUUUUUUUUUUUGUCCAUUUACCCCAGUGCUGAGGAGAACUAUAACAUGAUCUGGGAUAAGUUGUAACGCACGUAAAUAUAUAGUUUGAUUUUAAAAUCAAUUAUAAUAUUUUAAAUUAAAACAAUUCUAUAGGCCAUGUGUUGGUCUUUGUCGGUAUACCGGUUAGUUGUUUCAUAGUGGUGGGUCGAGUGACGAGAGAUCGAGACAGGAUGUUGCAACUAGCCCCCAACAGUUCAUUGUGUACCACGUUCGUAAUUUUUUUUAAAUAUUUCACAAAAAGUAGUAUAAUUCUUACACUAAAUUAACCGUUAGUGUUGUAAUCAAAUUCUCAUAACAUUUGCAUUUAAGUACGAAUGAAAUCUGCUAUAAAAUUUUAACUUGUUAAAAUUGAAUAAGAAAAUUGUUUUGUUUUUUUUUGAUAAAAUUGAUUUUAUGAUUUUAACCACAGGAAUGAUAGAACGAUUCUAAUAAAAACAAAACAUUUCAUAACCUUUAUUUACGAAUUUAACAACAUGUAUUGUGAUAUGGAAUACAAAUACUUUAUACCAAUCACUUAUUAAAUCUUACAGCGUAUUAUAACUGUACCUGGGUCUCCCUUACCUAUAAAAUUACAAAACAAUCAUUUCAUUUAGCGGCUUAAGGGAAUUACAAUUUUAUUAGUAUAUUAGGUAUUCUUUAUAAAAAAAUAUGUGUUUCUCUUUAGUAUCGAUCUUUGUUUAAUAUUACAGCCUUAAUUUAAGCAUGACAUUUAUUUUGAUAUAUAUUCAGCAAACACUGUGUGGCUUAUUCGUUUGUUCAUAAAAAUUCCUAAUUUUAAAAUCAGUACUGUAUUUUUUUCUCUCUAAAAAUACUAUUUAAACUCGAAUUACCUGCAAUUUUAUACGAGAUUUUCGUGUUCAAAACAACAAUUGCAUAGAUUUUCCGCUAGAUAGCGAAGUAUGUUAUUAAAAAUCGUCGUGUUUUUCACGAUAAAAUAAACUGCAUAUCGCCUAGGUAUUUUUUUUUUAAUGAUUACAAAAUUGGAAUUCCACAUAUAUUAAAAAACAGAGUAGGUAAUACUUAUAAAAUGAAAUCAAAAAUAAUAAUUUGGAAAAAACGUUAUUCACAACUUUUUAAUAAGUAUCCAUUGUUUUUUGUUUUCGUUUUCUUGUAGGUACCUAUUUACUUUAAACGUGUUAUUAAAUUGAUUACAUAUAACAUUAUAUCAGUUGUAUACCGCAUAAGAGUGAAUUUUUCGUUUGAAAAAUUAUGCUUUAUAAAUACAAACAAAUAUUCUAUUCUAUUCAUAGAUAACCUUAAAAAAUAAAAUAGCAACUUUAUAAUUUUAUUUCAAGGUCACAAUACGAUUUUGAAUUGCAUAAUUUCGGUUUUUUUUUCUAGUAAGUACGUAAUUUCAUUUCGAGAGUUAUUGUACAAUAAGCCACGGAGAUAAUGCCGUAUUUCAUUCAUUAUAAUAUAUACUCCAUAUUUUGAUUAUAUUUAUUGUUCUUAAACUUAAAGGUAUACAAUAAUAUGGGUAUUGGUUAUUUAUUUAUAAAAGUAAUAAUUAGAUGAACUCACUAUAUGCGGUUAAACUUUUUCGGGAUAAGUCUUUUGAAUUUCUUUAACAAUUACGCGAAUAAAAUUACGCCUAACGCACAUUUGCACAUUGCUUUAAUGUGAGACUAUUUUUUAUUAUUUUGUUGAAUAUAAUUAAAUAAAUAUUUAAAAAUAUCCUAAAUUUAAAUAAGUAACUGUUUCAGAGUUAUAAUAAUAUUAUAUAUUAUAUAUUAUUAUUAUUAUAUUAUUAUUACUCUGAGGUAAUUGUACUAUAAAAAUGUACUGUAAAAAAAAAAUAACAAAAGUAGAAAUAGGUUAUUGUGGGUUUUUGUCGUCAACAAAGUGUUGAUAAUACUUAUUUAUAAUGUUUGUAUAUUUUUAAUAGUUAUAAUAGUUUACUCAUAAAACUUUGUUUCUCGGCCUAUCGAUUUUACAUAAUACAUUUUAUUUUAUACAUUUUGGUAUUUUUUUAACAUAUUUUAGGAUUUUGUACAUUUCUAGAGCUUUUUUUCUCAAGGAUUUCUUAGAUAAAUUUUUAAGACAAUUUAAACUCAACAAAUCGAGAAUAACAUACAAAUAAUACAAUUAUUUAAUUUCUAUUUUUUUGUUUUUGGAGAGCAUUACUGCUUUAAAGUUUUUUAGGGCAUCUGCACUAAUUAUAAUAUAUUAUAUUCAUACACUCAAUAUAUAUAUAUAUAUAGGUAGUAAAUUAUACGAAUUGGAGAUGUUUCUCGAAUUUGAAAAGAAAUACAAACAUAUUUUGUUGGCAGUGUUACUAUUUUAUCAAAACAAAAUUGUUUAACCUAACCUAACCUAUGUAUCGACAUGUUAUUAUUACGACGUUUUUGUUCGUCGAUUAUUCUACAAUCGAAAUUUGCAAAAUUGUAUCUAACAUUUAGAUGGUGUAAAUCUCUACACUUUAAAAAAGAAACGCAAAAAUAAAAAUGUUAUUUAUGAUUUAACAUGUUAAUAUUCAUUUGACGCAAUGAUUAUACUUUUACUGAUAUUUAAAACACGCAAUAGAUACACAACAAGUAACUAUUAAGACACUUUUAAAGUAUUUUAAAUAGGUAUAUUAUGUAUUUAGGUACGUAAUACAUUGUAAACGCAACAUCGCGGAGUUAUAAAAUAAUGUUUUUUUUUUUUCGUUUUUGGAAACCAUAGGUAUAAUUAUUGAAUUUUAAAUAUUUGAAGAAACAGAAAUCGGCGAUGGAUUAUUUACGAUCCGUGUACUCGUGAUAUAAUACACGUAUAGGCCAAAAAUUUAAAUUCAAUUUAAUGUACGUAAAAAAAAUGUACGUACAAUAUAUUACAAUAUCAUCAGGCGGGUAAGUGGGUAAAUUAUUACCCAUAUUGAAAUCGACUAUGUCGUCGUUAAAAACAUUGCGUAAUAUUGUUAAUAAAUUAUCACUCAUAACAACGCGAUAUUUUCAGGUUAACGGGGAGGGAGGGGGUUGGAAUAAUAAUUUCGUAAGACGGCGUUACGUUUUAUUUAAUAAUAAUUAAUUUAUCAAUAAUAAUUCGGUGUGCGGGUAACGUUUUUAAAUAUCAAUUCGUAUUUAACGAAACACCUCUUGAUACUUGAAUCCGUAAUUAUUAUUCGUAAAUCGAUAUCGCAUAACUUAAAGGAUACCGGUACCACUGCCCACAGUGAUUUUACGACCGUAACAUAAUAUUAUAUUAUGCUAUUCACUGACAAAUGUUUGCACAAUCAGCUACAUAACGACGACGACGACGACGACGACGCGCGUACAACUAACUAAAUGACAUUUGCAUCGGGGUUACUGCCGUUUUCAACACUUCUAUUAUGCAGUUAGGUUAGGUCAGGUUGACGCUGCCGAAUUCGCUCGAGCGCGACUUGUUUGUUUGUUUUUUUUUUUUUUGCUCGAAAAUACGCUUUACGGGCAGAUAGCCAGAGACGUAUUUACAUUUACGGGACCGCUGUUCCUUACAUGACAUCAUAAAAAAAUACGUAUUUUUUUCUCAAUACAUUUCCAGAUGCACACUUUUUGCUCUGAAAUAAGCUUUUUCAAUUUAUUUUCCACGUGGUUUCCCGUUUUCCAAGACCGUGACCACGAAAAAACAAAGCAGUAAAAUCCAAAAUUUUUUAUUUCCAAUUAAUUUAACGACCUUUCUGAAAAAAGAAAAAAAAACAUAUAUUUAAGGCACCUAGAACACAAGGUGAUAGAUUUAAACAUUAACAAUUUUUUUGUAAAAAACUACGAGCAAGACUCUUUAAUGCAUUACCAAUUCAGUGAUUAAAGUGGGAAAAACUUCAAAGGAAACCAUAUUUACCGAAAAUUUAGGCGGUUUUUCGAGAACUAACUAAACGCAACCAAACUUCCUGAAAAUCCAUUAUGAAAACAUAAAUGAAUUCCAAAAUGUUCUUACAUCACACGUAUUUGUUGUUUAAAAAUAAUUAAACUGAAACUCCAUCCCUUCCCCUUAAAGAAAUAUGAUUAAAUAUUAUCCUUUACAUAUACCUACUUAAUCUGAUUAUGUAAAAUCAAAUAGGAAUUAAAUAAUUUAUUUUCAAUAGAAUUAAUUCGAGUUGUUUUAACGGUAUCAUUAAAAAGCCCCCAGUAACUAUGGGCGGAUAGACCUACUGGAAAGUCGAGAAUUUCCCGGUGGGCUCCCCGAUGGAGCCCUUGUUUUGCCCUUGGUAGUGAUGGGCACGACUGAUUGGAAACUAUCGGUCUAUCCAUGAUGAAUCCGGGUAUAUUAGUCCAUCAUGUAACAGGCCAAUAAGCAAAACAAAAAGUUCAGAUUUUUUCAUGUUUUCCAAUUUUAAAAUUUCCCAGUAGACCAAAAAUGGUUUAUCCAUCCAUACCAGUGACUACUUUGGAGAUUUAAAUUAAAAUAGAUGGAUUGUUUCAACCACUGUACCUAUCGUAUAUUUUUUACUGUACGCGUUUUCGUCGACAUUCGAUAAAAUAUACCUAUAUUUUUUUUUUUUUUUUAUCUUGACGGUAUGCCGCGACACUGAGCGCGUAGGUAGGCAUCCGUUAAAAUUUCCACCUGAACACACCCGUGCAGCCGGUAUUAUAUCGUAGGGAAAAAAAAUGGAUAAAAAAAAAAAAUGUGGAUAGGUAUGCCUAUGAAUCGGGACGAGGUCGUGUGAAACCGGCGGCGUUUAAUCGAAAUUUGAUUGCGCCGCCGUCCAUCCUCGCGUGCCUAAUUUGCGCCCGCCGCCGUCACCGCCGUGAUGUUUCACCGCACACGGCGCCUAUCCGUUUUUUUUUUUUCCAACUUUCAGAAAAUGACAUUGCACCGAGAUAACAACCGCCGCCGCAGUAUUUACCGUACAGCUGCUCGCAACCGUCAGCUGUACGUGCGAAUAUUCCGUGUUAUUUAUUAUAACGUAUUUGUCGUUUUUUCCGUAGGAACGGCCGACCCCCAAGUGGCGGGCGGCACUAUGGUCACCGGCGCUCAGAGCGUACAGCAGCAGAACAUCGCGGACGUGUGCUUGACCAGCAUACCCUGCAACCCCCGGGCCCGGUACCGGAGUUUCGACGGCAGCUGCAAUAACUUGCAACAGCCCGGUUGGGGUUCGGUGAACACGGCUCUGGUCAGACUAUUACCGGCCGCAUACCAGGACGGUAAGUCGAUUUGUAUAAUAAUAACAAUAAUGAUAAUGUAUACCUGAUAAUAAUAUUGUUACGACGUUUUACCAUUCGAUAGCAUUAAAAUAAACCGAGUGAGUAUGAUGUACAGAUUUGACGUUAGUCGAACUGUAAGUAUACAUUGUACAAUAGGCAGGGGCGUCAUUCUUGGAAAAAAUAAACCUACAGAGCGAAUGUCGUACUUUUCAACGAUACUGACGAUUUGGUUAAUCCGAGAACCAGGAAGGGACACGUUCCUCUCGCUUUGCCCCCCCCCCCACAGACGCCCAUGAGUGUACGUGGGUGGGUACUCGUGAUUAAACUGUAUAAUUGUUCCUUUUUUUUCUCCUUCGAGUGCUUAUAAAUUAUAAGUCGAUUUGUGUUAUAACGAAUAAUUGCAACAACAAUACAAACAUUAAUUUCGUGUUGCGUUCUUCAUAGUUUUUGUUCAAUUUUCAAUAGAUUGUUCAGCAUCGAAAUCCGGGCCGUAUAUUUUUAUUUACUGGGUGUAUAAUUAGUAUAAUAAUAUACACAUUUAUUAAAUACUAAUUGUUAAUUAACUAUAUUUGAUGAAAUACAUUUUUGAAUUUCGUGAUUAAAAUUAAUUACAACUAAAAUUCUUUUUCGCUCUAGUAUUUGUCCGUAAUAUAACCAUAUUGCGAUUAAUAUCGUAAUGAUAGUACCGAUGUACACUUACCUAAAUAAUGUUUAGACGGUCCAUAUGAUAAUUGAUUUUUUUUUUUUUUUAAAUGUUAUUAAGAUGAUAAAUCAUACGUUAAAAACUAUUAUUAAACUGCUAUUUGGACAAUACCAUAUGAAAUAUAUAAAUUUGCUCUUGUUUUCGUAUCUAAUUGUAUAAGUGAAUCAAUUAUUGCAUAGAAUAUUACGUAUGUUUUACCAAGGCUACGUUCAUAAAAUAGAAAAAAAAAAACGGAUAAUUUCGAUACGACCUGUACGCACGUGUAUAUAUCUAUAUAUAUAUAUAUAUAUAGGUAAUAGUGUUGUAAUUAUUUUAAAAACGUUCUUUCGAUAUUUUAUACAUCAUAAGUAUUAAUCGUUAGGCUUUAAUGAUUACUUACUAUGAUAAUAUUCACUCAGUUAUUUUUAUUUUUGCUUUUUAUACGCAUUUCAUUAAUACCGUAUUAUCAUUUACGAUAUUUAACGCCACCGUAACCUGCGCAAGGUAAACCUGUUAAAUAUUCAAUAUAAUUAUCAAUAAUAACAAUAAUAAUAAUAAUAAUAUUAAGACAGUGAAAACGAAUGAUAGAUAUAGUCUUCGAAAUUUUAACAAAAAGUCGAGUUUGUCACUGUACACAAUAUUGUAUAAUAUUAUGUAAUUAUAAUACGAUAUAAUAUUAUUAUUAUAGUAUCGUGUGUUUGCCUACCUAUAAUUCAAUAAUCGAUAGAAAUGACAAUUUCGCACAUUUCCGGUAAUGUGUAUACUUAAUUUAAAACUACGUUUAAAUUUUACAAAUUGAAAUUUACGAAAUUCACGGCAUUCUGUAGGAGCGUAUUCAGUGUUUAUUUUUGUUUUUAGAGGGGAGAGCGUGGUAGUCAGGAUUAAAGUCAUUUUCGAUUUUCCGUGUAGUUUUCUUAAUUAUCGAGCAUAUCCUUAUCAACUUCUUACCUAAAUCAGUGGCAUACCCGUCUCCGGUAUCAGCUAAAUCCCCAAAUCAAAUGUUUCACUUCAAAAAAACGAAUGUGACAAAAAUUAACGCCACUGUAACGUUUUAAACCUUUUAUUAAUACCUGUGCGAACGAAUGAAUUAAUACACAAAUUAUUAUUAAAAACUGAAAUAUCGUUGAAAUCUCACUUUUAUCAAUAUACACGUAUAUAUAUAUUAAGGUGGUCAUUAUAUUUGAAGUUCAGAAAUUUGAUACAGAGCCCCUCCAGAUUCUUCCUCUAAUAAAAAAAAAUUGUUUAUGCGAUUUGGUCUCAAUUGAUAAACUAUAAGACGUGCCUCGAAAGAGUUGAAUUUUUGAAAUUGGGAAUAGUUGUUCAGUUUUUCUGUUUUUCUCAAAAACGAUUAUAUUAACGAUAAAAGUGUACAGAACUUGUAUUAUUAAUAUUAAUUAUAUAUAUAUAUCUUAAUGUACAUAUGUCACCACGAAAUCAAUUGCUUAUUUGUUUUUAGAAAUAUUAUCGACCCAUAACACUGUCUUCCAAUCCUGUACCGCAUUGAUUUCACUGAUUUUCAAAGUCUAUUUUCAAACAGUCUAUCAGAUAAUCGUAUCUUAACAUUCCUGCAAUUUCUCCGUCUCUUUUCUACCAAAUUUAUUGGUCCAGUAUUUUAAAUGUUACAUAUUUUCCAAAAGCAAAUUUUCUUUGAUUACUGCAAUGGGAGAUCAUUUUUCUUUGGUUUACCUUGCAGUUUUCUUAGCAAUUAGAAAAAACGCAGAGCAAACGGAAAAGUUUACGGCAAUAACGAUUAAAUUUGUUGAGCGUAAUAUAGUUAGUUUGUUUUUCAAUAAGUUUGUUCAUAUGAAAUUUCUUCAAAAAUCGUAAAUAUUACGGCAUUUUAUAUUUUGUAAUUUGCAUAAUAAUGAUAUCCGGAACGGCGUAUUACAUUAUUUCCUGUUACAGAGCACAAAUAAGUACCUAAUCAUUUUAAUUAAUUGCUAAUUCGUUCUGAUUUUUAAAACUGCGUGAUAAUAAUUACGGAAUAGGAGUUUACUAUAAUAAUUGUAUAAACACGCACAUAUAUAUAUAUACGUACCUGUACGAUCGCGAUGACGAAGAGACCAAAUUCGAAAAUUAUGUCUCUUAGAAACUCGUUUUCGAAAUUCGCUCAAGGACAUCCGGGAAUCUAUCGCUGCAUGCAGCAUAUCCGUGGAUGACUGUAUGUCCGUAUUUUUUUUAUUUUUUUUUUUCAUACGCGGGCAUAAUUUUACUUUCUUCGGCCACAACCGGUAUCCGCGAUGAUUUCUUAUACGUUCCGGACUCGGGCCUAAAUUGUGUACAAUAUAUAAUGCCUAGAGUGUACAACAAUAAUAUUAUAAUUGCAUACGUUCGACAUUUGUGAUUCUAAGACUGUCCAAAAAAAACGAUUAAAAUAUUUCCCGUCAUAGUUUUUAACAUGCCUAAUUAAUUGAUUAGCUGUGUAUCGGCGGGCAAACUCGCAAUUAAUAACGGUAAUUAUUGACUCGAGAUAAAUAAACUAAAAAAAGAGGGUUCUGUUAAAAUUCAACGAAAAAUACAAGUUUAACUCGUUCAGUUAAAAAAAAAAAAUUCAAAAACAAAUAAAAUAUUUAACUUAACUCUGGUAUACGAGUAUUAAUUCGGGAUCUUAAAAAUUUGAUACGGUUAAAUUUUAUUUAAACGCAUCGUAAUAUGUAUAAAAAAAAUUUAAAAAUACCGCCUCAAAAAUUCAAUCUAGAUCUAUUAUACUUAACCGGAUCUAGAUGAAAAUAUGACUAAUGAAAAAUCGAGUUAACACAAAAAGGAAACUAAACCGGUCAAAUCGGUUAUAUUAUAGUCGACGACAAUUAUAAUUAACUAGGUAGUUAAUGUUCACUGCAACACAUAUAUAGAUGCACAAAAUAUUUAGGUACACGUUUUAGCUUGUUAAGAACAAUAAUUGUAAAGUAUUCGCGUAUUGAGUUUGGUGAUGAUUGUAAAAUAUUAGUCUCGCGUGUGUCGUAAAGUAAAUGGUUUAUUUAUAAUAUUGUAUACUUGUGUGUUUAACGAUAAUAACCGUUGCUGCUUUUGUGCGUUGUUUGCUUUAGGCGAGAGCAGACCGAGAUUGACCUCAUUUGGACGGGUACUUCCCAGUGCCAGGCUCAUUCGGACGACGUUGUUCCCGGAGCGGAACGUGCCCGACAUACGUUUCACGCUGGCCGUCAUGCAGUGGGCGCAAGUUGUCGCACAUGACGUCACUCUGCUCACGGAGAAAUCUGGUAAGUCGACGGUAUUAGGUGAAAACAAUAAAAAAAUAAAAACUUGAACAAUAAAUAUUGAUAACAACAUGGCGUUUGGUGGAGCGGCCGACAGGCGUUUUCUAGUCACUGGUCGACUGACUUGACGAAAAAAAUAACACUCGUGAGCAGCGAAGCUCCGUCUCUACAGAGACGAGUUUUUGCCAUAUUAUUGCCGUCACUUAAUUCGAAUCUGUAUAUAGAGGUGUUAAAAAUCCGGCAUUUCCUAUAAAAUAAUGAAUUUCGGACUUACAAAUGACGGGAACAAGGAUUAAGAGUUGAAACCGCCAAAUCCCUUUCCACGUAUUAACGAAAUACAUUUUCGAAAUUGCAUCCCCGUAGCUUUAUUGGAGGGAAGCUGUAGAGGUAAACAGAGCUUAAAAUACACUCUCUUCAAAAUAAAAUCUUGAAUUCCUACUGAAAUACAACCCAACUUUUAAAACUUCAACAAUACAACUCUUAAUUCUCGAGUUUGAGCUCACUUAGUUCACUUAAAGUGUUUAUAAGUAGAGUAAUGAUUUUAUGCAGGAUGAUUAACAUAACAUAAGACUCUCAUUAUCUCGGAAAUUAUGAUAAACACACACAACCCAGUGCAAACAUCUGUAUUUUCGGAAAAAUUCAAUAAACAAACUCUUGAAGUUUUUAUUUAUAUAUAUAUAUAUAGAGAGAGAGAGAGAGAAAGAGAGAUUAGUAAGUUAAUAGGUUUAAUAAGAUACAACUUCUCGCCACUCGUGAACUCGAACGAACGUUAUUUUUCGAUCGGUAAUUGGUAUGUUAAAGUAUAAAUCGAUUUUCGACAUUAUUUCCAUUAUAAUAUAACCGAAAAUGAACGAAAUUCGCACGCACUCAAUGAUAAUGGUGUUUAUAAUGUGAUUAUUAUACUAUCGUGACGAGUGCAACAGCAGCCCCCCACGGUGUUCGACACGUAAAUCGAUGGUAUAAAACUUUUAUCACACGCAACCGCGGUAUUAUUAUUGUGUCGAAAUCAAAACGAUAGCCGUUAAUACUUUCUGUAUACAGGGUCUAUAAAAUUGCAUGUUAUAAUCGAAUUUUCCAUGAAAUACUUAUUUUUCCAAAAAAUAAUUGACCGAUUUAAAUACAUUGUAAAAUCAUAAAUUCUAUAAUGUUGCGUUGUUCUUAUUUUUUCACCAUUAUUUUUGAGGGUUGAACGGUUACCCUAUUUAUUAAUUUGCACAUAAUAUCAUAAUGUAUCUUUAGGUGUUGAAAGGUGGUGAUUUUCAACAAUUCGGAUCAGAAAAAUAAUAUUACGAGUUUUACGUGUAUACGCGUGUUUUUAAACAUCGUCGUUUAAUACCGUAAACGUUUCUUUAAAAAACUUCGAAAACAAUCAGUGUAGGUAUAGUUUCAGAGUCCGGCCAAUGAAAUCAGACUCAGAUCGAGACUUGAAUCAGUUUGAAGGCUCUUAUUUAAAAAAUUUAAAUCGCACACGUUUAUUCAACCACAAAAAUUGCGGAGGUGAAUCAUAUUUUCAAAAAAAGUAUUGCUGAGAUCCCUGUUCCUCUUCCCCCCUCCCCUCUGGGUGGUUUCAAAAUAGAAACGAAUUUUGAUUGAGGAAAUAUUAUUUUAAAAGCGGUAUAGCCUUUAUUUUAAUUACAUUUAUUUUGACAUUUACGAAACAUUACGAUAAUACAUAGUGUAUGCAUUUAACCGAAAUUUUAGACAUUUAAAACCUGUUUAUAAACUAGACAUUUUGAACGGAAUUCAUUAUAAGAUUUUGAAAGAUGGCGUUUAUACAGUAUACCGAGUUAUAUUGAUCACCGUAAUAAGAAAAUUAGAUGAGUAGGCAUCAUUAUCGCCUCAUUCGGCGAUCCGCCGCUGGACGAAAACGAUGCAAUUUUCACCGAUGCGGCGCUACAAUAACGUGGCGAGGUCGUGGACUUGACACAGUUCCGGUCAUGGUCAUCAUCAAAACUAUAUAAUAUUCCUAUCCUCGUGCCUGCUAAAUCGUUCGUUAAACAGUAGCGUCUUCGUCGCACUGAUCGUUUUCGUUAAUCGGUCCUGUUUAUAUAAAGUUGUUUUUUUUUUUUUUUUUUAUGAGUUAAGACGCACGAGCCCGAAGCGAUGUGUUUGAUAAAUCGCCGAGGUAGGGGGGGUGGGAAUAAUGGCAAUAAACAUAAAGCUACGGACAAAAUAAUAAUAUUAUCGUGUCGGUCUAUCGAUGCGAUUAUCGACUCGACGACGACGUGCCGUCUCUCACGUUAAAAAAUUAUAUGUUAUUAAAUUACUGUAUACUUACGCACUUUUUAUUUUCAUAAUAGAACGCGAUACCCGCACGUGCUAUCUCCGUGUUAAAAACGUAAUAAAUCGUGAAUUCGCGUUCAGCUGAGAUAACUUUGUACGUUGUGCCGUCAGUUUUAAUAUUCGACCCGUUAAGGUAAAAGCGCGCGACCGCGCAGGUUUUAUUCGAUGUUUUAAUUUUGAAACGAAUAUAGCAUUUUUAGAGAAUUUUGAUUGUAUUGCCGUGGCAUAUCUCGCAUAAAAACGAAAAUAUCGAAAAACUCGUACGCGGCCGUACAGAUAACGUUUGCGCCUGUAUGUUGAACGAUAGAUCGAUAACUCGCUCCAGACUCAAAAUUAACAUCCCAUUGUCCCCGCUGAACGGAAAUUCGCCAUACCGCACGUGCGUAAGACGGAGUCAGCGCUCGCGAGUAUCAUACGUCGCGUCGACCGACUCCGGGACGAGGUCUACCGGAUGUGUGCUUAACUAUUUAAUAUAAUUAUAUACGGUAUAGAUUUCGAUGGUGCGUUCGAUAAAAAUAAUAAUAACAUUAUUAUUAUUAUUAUUAUUAUUAUUGAAUUAUUAUUGAAUUAUUGGCCGUUAAUUGGACGCUUUACGCGAUGUCGAAACGUCCAGAUCUUUCCCGUUUUGGAUGUCUAGCGUGUAUACCGUCUUCCCGACGACAACGGCAAUAUCCGAGGUCGCCGCCGCCGUCCAACAACACACACGCCUAUACGGAAUUUUUAUUUAUUACUAUUAUUUUUUUUGUUUUGUGUCAAGAAACACGGUACACUUUCCUCGUUAAUUAUCACAUAUGACGGCAUAAUAAAGUAGGUAUAAUAUUAAUAAUAUCAUGUGUAACGAAUAUAGGCAGGUAGGUAGGUAGCUAUAGCGUAAAGUCGAUACACGACGGUUGCGAGAAACUUUGUUUCAACGGAAUGUAUCACACCGCGUGUCACCGUCGUGUGUAACAUCAUUAUGUAGGUACGGUGUGUGUGUGUGUGUGUGUGUGUGUGUGUGUAUGUGCGCGCGCGCAUACAGGGUCACCGAUUUUGCAUAUAUAAUGCAAGACAGUGUUAACUGUAACGAUCAUCAUGGCCAGUUUCAAAAAAUAAAGAGACAUACCUAGCAAGAUGUGUGGGGCCAUCUGUUGUACGUGCAAAAUUGAGGAGGUAUAGGGAAAAUUUAAUUUAUAUCUGUACGCAAAGAUUAAUCAUUGUUAACGAAACACGCUCCGCUCAGAAUCUAAAAUGCAAAAUAAAGUACCCAUUUAUAAUGUGAAUAAAUUCAUGUUUUCAUGAUUUUUCAAGUUUGACUUUAGUGACGGAAAACUACUGUUCGCGGUUUUUAUUUUUUCAAAAACCAUUUUAAAAACUGAAAUCAAUAAGAGAAAUCAACUACAUUCGUCUCUCCGUUUCCACCUCUGUCUUCAUCACAAUUAACAGUUAUAAAAAGCCUAUCCUGUAACAACCGAAUCAUUUAUAAUAAUACAUUGUUUUCCAUCUGUAUCAUCAAGUUAACUAAAAAUAAAAAUAAAAAUUUGUUGUUUGUUCCAAAAAUACCAAUAGCCUUGUGUUUGCCACCCUUUAGAGGUUAACUAAUUGUCAAAAAAUUAACUGUACCUAUUUAAAUAUUAUUGAUAAUAUUAAACAUCAUUGUUAAUACAUAUUUUGAUUUGUAAAUAGAUUUGUUUUUUUAUUUUUCCAUUUAUUUUGACCGUUUUCGUUUUUUACUCAAUAUUUCACACCGGAUUAUUUACGAUCUAGUACGAUUCUUAUAAGCUAUAUGUACAUUGUACUUAAUAGUUGUUAUAACCCUCGCCAAUGGUUUUUUUUUUUUUUUUAACUACGUUUAACUAUUGUUUAACUACAUUCGCCGUAACAAUUGGAUUAUUUAAUUUUUAAUGUAUUGUUCUUGACUAACAUUAAAUCGCUUUACACUCGUUAAAAUAAAUACACCUUUGAUAAAGAAUCAUUGAAAGCAAAUUGUUUUCGCCAUUUCGAGAGCUAUAUACAAUAUACGAGGUACUUUAUGAUGCGAUUUCGUGCCAUAAAAACGAAGUGUUUUGUAAUAAAUAUAAAUAAAUACGUAUAUAAUCUUUGCGACGACGACUAUUUUUUUUAAGAACUUAAACGUCGAUUUUUUUUUUUUUUUUUUUGGUUACUUUCUUACCAAUUUUUGUGCUUCUGCAAUUAUUUUAUAAUAAUAAUAUAUCAUACCGAAAAUAUAAAUAUAAUUGAUCACGUGCUAUUAUCAUAAUACAAACGAAUCUGUGAAGACGACGAGUAUAUACAGUGAGUUUCAUUCAAACAGUAACACGAAAUAUUUCAUCCGGGUGGGAAUAUGCGAUCGAAGCUGAGUUUUUGUCUUUUGGAGACAUUUACAAACUUUAAUCCCGAUAAAACUUACAUUGUCUUAAACGGAAAUACCCAUUUUCAGCACCAAGUUCGAAUAGUUCUAUCUGAUUAUUAUUACGGUUCUAUCUUGCAAAUUACUCAAGAAACAGUCAUCUAAAUUUCAAUAAAAAUAAUACAAUUCUUUCUUGGUUUUUCAACAAACUGAAAACAUUGUAUAAUAUUUACAAUUUUCCUUUAUUCAUAAUUUUUUCUUCAGACAUUUGUCAAAUUGUUUUUAAUUUUCAAAGCCACGCGUUUUAAUUUUUUGAAAAUGCCGAGAAAAAAUCUCAAUCAAUUUAAUUCAAUAUGGACAUAUCUCUGGCAUUUUUUUGAGACAUAAGAAAAAAUGUUCAGUUAAAUAGUAGAACUAGAUACCUUUUCGAAUUCGACGUUUAAAAGCUUGACUUUUCUAUUUAAGUAAAUGUAAGUUUUUAACCUUAUCUUUAGAGUAUCUGCCGAGUGAUAGGACAUAAUACCUUUUGAAACUAUAUAGUUCCCCAAACUGUUGCAUUUCCCGUGCAGCUCGAUUGACAUGUACUUUUCAACUUUCAAAAGCACUUUUAUAAUCAUUUGCAUCAAUUUUUAAAAUAUUGGCGUUGGUUUGAGGUUGAUUGUUGAAGUUCAAAUUAACUAUAUCGACUCAAAAUAGGUGUUCCCAAUAAAUGAUUUCAAUCUUUCUAAUAAAAAAAAACUCCCAUUUCAUAUUUCGUGUUACCGUCAUUCGAGAUAAAAAUACUCGAAAAAGUAUACAGAUUCAUGUUGAGAUGUACAUCGUAAAAGAGAGGAAUUUAAAAUAAUCAAUUUUGAGUUUAUUGAGCUUUAUUUGUUAUUUAACUUGACAUAACAACAGUGUCGAAAUUUUCACUUGAAUCGGUUAUAAUAAACCUGCUUAAAAAGUUUCUUGAGAUCUUUUAACUUUCCAAAUAUAUUCAGGGUCGUUCAAUUUUUUUUUUUUUUUCUAUUCAUUUAAUUCAUAUACUGUGCAUAUUUUAAAACAAUUGAUUGCAUUGUGGAAUUACAAUAUAAGUCCGAUCUUUAAAUUCGUUACCCCGAAAAGUUGGGAAAUGUCAAUUAUUUCUUUGUUGCAUGUGUCGAUAUUUAAAUAACUAUAUAACAAAAAAUAAACGGUUUUUUUAUUUUAUUAUUAUUAUUAUUAUAUUUUUUUUUUCUGUGCCUGUGUAGUAUUUUUCAAUCGUCGCGUCGUCGGAACAUGUUAUUAACUAUUUAAUAAACGUACGCGUGUUUUAUUGUGAUGUACUUACCUGCAAAUAGGAAAUCAGGAACUACGCGCAGCGGCAGUAGUAGUAGCUAACAUUUAAUCGGAUUGCGUAAUCGUCGUCGUAAUUAUUGUCCAGCGACUUUCACCCGACCGCCUAUACAAUACUAAUAAUAUUUUUGUUGUAUAGGCGCCCGUAUCAAAAGCGAAUUGACUUCAAUCCGCUUCCGUGCCCGUACACGUACACGCGUACAAACGCGCGCGUCGCGGUCCCGGGACGGGAUUUGAAACGGUUUCGAAGCGUAUUAUUGGCCCAUUGCAAUACGAUCAUUGAUACACGAUUACGGUCGUCGUAUUAUCACGAACAAUACCCACUUGGUCAGACCGAUCCAAUUGUAACCCGAUGCCGCGGCGAGUUUAUUCGUAUGUAAACGUUCGACAGAUCGUAAUCGCAAUAAAUACCACCGUCCGUUGGGAUACGUUACAUCGUCUCGAAACGAAAAACGAAAAAAACAUCGGAAACCCGUCACGCCGCACGCGACACGGCCAUUUAUUGCGGGCGGUAACAAUAAUAGACAAUGAUAAACGGUAAUGAAAAUGAAGUGACCGUUUUUUUUUUUUUUUUGAGCGUUCGCCGAUUACAGACGAUACGCAAUCUAAAACAAGUUUGAUUUCGCUUGAAAACGAUCCAGUUAUACCAAAGCAUCGACGGCUCGAUUCAAUAAGCUUUUAAAUAGCACACAAAAUACGUUCGAAUGUUCGCGUGUUCAACGAAAUUUAUUAGUCCGGUAUGCUCGCAGUUAUUGACCGACACGUAAUUUUAAUUGGAUUCAAAUUAUUACUGUCGUUCGGCCCAUAACGGGUUUAGUGGCGGUACCGUAGAUUUCUAUGUACUAUUACGGUACAGGUCGAAUGUAAUUAUAUUUUUUUUUUUUUUUUUAUCGUUUGAAAUUAACAUAGUUUUACGUAACUGAACGCAUUUCCGGCCAGACAAACGGACGUGCUGUCUGCGGUCAACGUAAUAUUUGACAGGCGAUUUUAAUUUACAUUUUUUAUUUCGUUUGAUUAUAUUUCUCCUAUACAGAAUGAUCCAUAUUAAUCACGAACCCGUCGUUUUAUCGAAAGAUUUUUUAUGAAUUUGAUUUCUAGUUGUUUUUUUUUUUUCAAUCUUUUAAGCUUUUUUUUUAACACUAGUUUCAAUGUUUUACUUCUACUGAUUGUACUUUAAAUGAGCUAGUAUAUUUACACGCGUUUGAUUUUCAUAUAAUAAGUUAAUAAGUGCAUAAUAAACGCCACGUUCCUAGAUGAUAAAUCGAUUUGCCAUCUUUAUACCCUUAUACCUUCUUACUUCUCCGGUUUAAAUUUUUAACUGCAGUUAUAACUCAAUGAACGAUAAAUCCGCAAUAUUAUGUAGUGUUAUGCAUAUCAAAAUAUAUAGAGGAAUAGUCUCUUUUCGAAUGUGUUGUUUAUUAGACGGAGAAAGAGUUCGCAUUUGAAUAUCAAAAGUGUAUACUGAUUUUUGAUAUAAAUAAUAGUGAUAAACAAAGUGGUAUGCCUAGGCAUUUUCAAUGGGAAGAGACACGCCGAAUAUUACUAAUAAAUAAAUCAUGGCAUCUUUUUUUUACCCAACUUGACAAUUGGAAUUUCGAAGCUGAAUAAAAAAAAACACAAUUUCUAAUCGAUAAAUCAACCUUUACUGGUUGAAUUACUGGAUGAAUAGUAUUCAUCAGUGUUGAAUAAUCAUAUUUGUUGUAUUGAGGGGGUUAUGACCUCUAUAAUCCCCUUCCCUUGUAUACAUCUCUGAAUAAACAAUUGAAAAUAGUUUUUAAAUAAAACUUAAACGAUUCAUCCAUAUGUCGAUAGUAAAAAAAAAAAAAUCAAAUUAACCCAAAAUCCUAUAAGAUAACCGCUGCAGGUUCAUAAUAAAUGGAUCACCCUUUGUAUACUAUACUUUUGUGAUCACAUUGUCAUAAAUACUAGUGUAACCAUUUUCUAUAAUAAACAUACGUCGUCGUCAACUGCAAACAUACGGAUGUGUUUUUUUAAUUUUUUUUUUUUACAUAACUCAUUUGCUUAUAUAUACGCACACAUACGUACUUAUAAUACACUCAUUGUGACAACAAUACGGUCGUAUAUUAUUAUCAUAAUCAUGAAUAAUACGGUCUCGCGCGUGAUAAAAUUCUGUAAAUGCGUGUUGUUUUCACCUCUUGAGUUUCGGACGUGACGUUCUGUAACAAUAUAUAAAAUUAUUGUUUUUGAACGCGGAAGAAAGCGAAAACGUCGUUGUAUUAUUAUUACCUACGGUAAUUUCGUUUUUGACCCGUAGUCAGUGGUGAACAGUGUCUGGCGUGUCGUUUAAGUACCCGGAAAUCUUGAACAAUAAUUAAAUGGGAACAGCCAAACAGGGAUAGAAUGAGAACUGAAUUCAAUCUCGGGAAUUAGAAUUUAUCUAAGCCAACCGAAAUUUUCUCCCCAAACAAAAUACCAAAAAAUUGUCCUUGCUACGCUCAGUUCUAAUGUUUAUAUUCUUUAUUAAAUCCUACAAACUAUAAGAAUAAAAAUUAGUUUUUAAAAUUAAAUUCACCAUGAAAUAUUGCGUAAUAUUUACAAUAAAUAAUCUAAUUUUUUAAGUUAACAAUGUUUAAGACAUAGUCAACUUUUCAAUUGAUUUAAAACUGAUGGAGAUAGGUAAAAACAAAUUAAUCAAAUUAUUUUAUUAGAACACUUUUACCCAGAGAAUAAAAUGGCCCAGGCCAUCUAGAAAAUUUCUCUCUCCAGACCGAUUACUCAGCUCUUGAAUGGGAAAUCUAUUUUAAAGCUCUACGUUUUAUAGAUUUUCAGCCAAGUACCUGACCGAUAAUUCGAAAAGACUAAAAUUAAUUUUCUGUACGAAUAAUCCCCAAACGAUAAUUUUUUUUUCUUAUCAAAUUAUAUUGUUCGUAAAGGUUUAUUUCCAAUUCCAGGUUUAAAUUCCUAGGUGUACCUAUUAACGAUUUAUACGUUUGGAGAACGCCCAUUAAAUCACACGGACGGAAACGGCCUAUCGGUCCCGGUUGACGGCGCUGCCCGGAAAAUGAAAACGAAAAAAAACUUCGAAUUUCGUUAUUUUAUACACAUAUUAUAUGUGACUACAAAUAAUGUGCAUUUGUUUUACUACAGGCCACACAAGUGAUUCGCUGCGAAAAAAAACAUUUAAAACGUACCUAUCGUUUAUACGGUCUAAAGAAAAUUACAUUUUGAGGAUAUACUUAAGUUAUUAUUAUAUUAUUAUAUUACUAUAUAUAGGUAGGUAGAUAGGUAUACAGUGGAUGUCUCUCUGGAAUUUACCGAACCGUGACAACUAGCGAUUUGCUAAAUGUUUUGUUUUUUUUUUUUUAAUUUUACCUAUUACUCUAAUAUUAUUAUAUGAAAUUAUUUUAUUACAGUUUUACUGUAAUAGUAUUACUAGCCAAACACGUUUGGUAAGCAAAAAAAGCUUUAAUUUUGCAAACCGUAGUGUUCAUACCUGAAAUGACGCAGAUUUUUCAUCCGGCGGUAUUUUUUUUGAAACGUUUUAUCUUUGUAUAAUCUCAAAAUUAAAAAAAAAAAAAACCAAAAACAAAAGAUGAUACUUCUGUUUUAUUCUACCAUGGUUGGCUGUAAGACAGGUACAAAAAUACAACUAAUACCAUCAUAUACUUUACCAGUUUAUCGAGCUCCACUUUGAAUCGUUCUUUGAUUUUAAUGAUUCCAUCCAAUUUAUUGAUCGUUCCUUACUUUAAAAAAAUGUAUAGUAAUCCUAUAUAGUAUGUAUAUUAUAUAUAUAUACAUAAAUACCUUACUAACUUCUCUCCUAUUUCUAUACAGUGGUCUACGUAUCCAUCGAAACACGUUUUAUAGUUGAACAUUUUCCUCCAUAGUAAAUAUUUUAAUAUGUAGUGUUCUUGAAAGUUGCAUUGUAAAUCGAAUAGGUGCUAAAUCUAAUUAUAUUGUCGCUAUAGUCACACGCUGAAGUAAUAACGUGAAGUGUGUCUUUCUUGUUUUUUUUUCUGUUUAGAAAGUUUUUAAAAACGCUUACAAAUACCUAAUUAUAAUAAUUUAUUUAUAUGUUACCUACUACAUAAUACACUAAUUAUUUAAGAUUCAGAGUCGUAAUGUUGUAAUAAAUAUGUUUGUUUUUACUUCAUCCAAAAAUCUCCCAGCGUACCUUUAGCUGACCAUUUAACUUGGACAUUAGUUCAGGAAUAUUUAGGAUUACGUAUUUUAAUGUUAAAUUUGUUGAAAAAUCACAAAAUAAAUAAUCAAUGAAUAAAAAAACCUACUGUAUUUAAGGGAUCGAGUAUUUGUAAUCUCAAAAUAUUUACGGGGAAACCGUAUCGCGCGAUAAAAAGUGCUCGGGCUACUGAUUAAAUUAGAAACAAAAUGUUCACGAUAAAUAAACUGCACAACAUUUUGGUUUAAUUUUUCGAUAUUAUUACAACGAAGAUUUAAAAAACGUCUAACUAUUAGAUUUUAAAACAGCAAUAACUUAUUUUAUAAUUAUGGUAUAGAAAAACUAAAAUAAACUUUGCCCAGUACAAGUUCUCUUAUAUUAAUUAUGGUGAAAACUGUGUUUUUUAGUUGAGCACAGUUCGAGCAGUUUAUUAUCGCUCAUAAAACUGUUCUUACAGUCAAAUUUCAGGUUUUAGCACGUGCCAUUAACUGUAAUUUAUAACGAUGACACGUUUUGAGGUGAAACUAUCGCUCAAAAUCUAUUACUUGUUGUAUCUUUGUUUGAACUUUAAACAUAUUUUGUUUACUAGAUAAUGUUAAAAAUAUUAAAUUUGUUAAGCACCUGGGUAUUUUUAUUCAAUCGUCGAUGUGACAAUAUCGCAUAAACGAUUAUAUUUAUAACGUGUUUUUAUCGGUACUACACAAACACGAUAUUAACAAUUAUUUUUGUUUUCUCGAUUUUUCAGCUCCUGACUGUUGUGCCAGCAACGGAAAAUUAUUGCCGAUCGAAACUUUACAUCCUAACUGUUUCCCCAUUCCUGUGCCAGCCAACGAUCAUUUCUACUCCAGAUUCGGUACUGCCUGUUUGCCGGCCAAAAGAACCGUAUCCUCGGACGACUUUGGAUGCACUCUCAAACCACAACAAAAGGUUCGAAAUUCUUUACUAUUUUGUUUUUCACGUUAUAAGAAACGUAAUGUUACGUUAUACUGGAAUUCUAAAACUCGAAUAUCGGCAGCUGAUAUUUCCCAUGAACCGUUUAAUCACGUUAAUAUUUAUCUUGACAAAUAGUAAUCCAAAAACUGCUUAUAAACAUAAUAUAUGAUAACCCACAAGAAUGCAAUAGAAAUAAUUUCGAGAUAACACUAUGCCAAAGGGAAAACUACACCGGAUCCGAGUAUCGACUUGAGAAAUAUCUAAACGUAAUGACACUAUCAAAUCGAAAUGUACGGCAUCACCGGUCUCUAAAUUUAACUAACAGAACUGCUUGCACUAUGGAAGUACCGUUCAAAUACAUUUUAUAAACGUGUACAAAAGAACGGAUGAAAAUCAAUAAUACCCCAGAUUAGGUUUUCAUAUUUAAUACUAAUAUUAAUAUAUACAUAAAUUGGUUUAACGUUUCAACAAUUGUUUAAAAACUCGUAAUAUUCAUGAUAUUAUCAAAUUAGGUGAUAGCGACUACCCAUUUCCUGGACGCUUCCCUAGUGUACGGCGCGACGGGUCAGACGGCCGGAAACCUGAGAUCGUUCAGGGCUGGAAGAAUGAGGGCUCAAAUCACACGCGACGGUCGCAUGUUCAUGCCCAACGUCAACACUCCCACGCAAUCUUGUAACGUCGCAACCAAUACAGAGGUGUGCUACAGAUCAGGUAAGGAAAUCUAUAUGUACAAAAAGAUAAUAAAUAUUUUUGAAAUUGUAACACGCGUAAUAAGGUCUAACGUUGUAAGUAUUCGGUGAAAAUUUCAGAUCUCUACAAUUAUUUUAAACUGAAUUGCAACAAAAAAAAAAAAUAUAAUAAUAAUCUCGGAAACUGCUGUUUCCAGAAACCGUUACCUAUUGAAACAAUUAUCUCCUCGUUUUUCCCAAUUAUAUUAAGAAAAAUCGAACAAAAAUAAUCAAAAGAGGUCCCCUACAAUACGCUAACUGAACAAAAUUCGCUAUCAAAGUCCACCCCUAAAGUUUAUGAUCCGAAAAAGAUUUCUGGUAGAAAAAUGUAUAACGGACAGAAAAAAAAUAAAUCAAAUACUCGUACACAUAUCAAUAAACACAUCCAUGUUAACGUUGAUACUGCGUUGUAGGUUUUCUUAAUUGUUCAGUGUCUGUUAAUUUCAAUUUCGUUUUUCAGUAGUUCAUUUCAAAUAUGACCGUAUCGAAACUCGAAUUGGUACUUAUAAUAUAAUUGUAACGUAUAAACGAGGUAUACAAUUUUCAAAAUAUUCUUGCGUUUUUCGAGUUAUCACUUAUCCGUAUGGCUAUAUUUUAAAUUUUCGAGUUUAUUUCGAUUUUAUGCGGAUAGUACUAUUGUAAUUUAUUUUAAUAGACAUGUUUAAAUAGCACAAGUUUACUCGUUAAAUCUCGAAAAAUUUGUUGUUUUUUUUAGUUGCUAUGUAAUUAUUGUUUAAUACAAUAUGUUUAAUUUAAAGCUACUGAAAAACAAACUUGGUUCAGAACCGUUGCGUAGAAUUUUUUUUUUUUGCCACGUCAAUUAUACAGUUUAGAGCAUAACAAUACGACAUUAUACUACGCGUAACUAUAGAAUAUUAUCAUCAUUGCAACCAUUACCGUUUAAGGACGAUUUAAUUUCGAAAAUACCCGUCCGGCCUCAUUUUAAAUAAAUGUGUUUGACUACUUAACCCAGCCUAACCGAUGUAUACAGAGGUGCCUACCCGCCUACCUUCAGAAUUUUAUACACACGCGCGGGGGAUUUGACUAUUGUGUUUACGGCCCGUGCGAAUUAAUGGCAUAUGUAAUUAAUUACAAAUUGCCGACAAACGACGUAAACACAACGAUGUUAAUAGGUAUCGCAACCGUUGUAAAACUUGACCCGAUUAUAGCCGACCGUACGUAAAAUGGAAAAAACAACACAAUUUCAAUAUCAUCCGGACUCCUGGUGUUGUCGCAAGAAAAGAAUAAGACCUCAAAAAUAAUAUACAAUAAAACGGUAUAGAUACAAAUGCCGUGGUUAGUUCUUAACUCGCACGUCUGUAUUUCGUUAUUGUUUUUCGGGCUAUAGAUUUCCCAUGUAAAAAGUGCAUCAUAUUAUAACUAACACGUGACUAACACUUUGGGGAAUUAUCGCGGGAAAAUAUUCUCGGUUUUCAGACGUUUUCUCCCCGUAUUAUUGGGAAAUCCACAAUGAGGAUAAUCGAAAAAUUAUUUCUAUAAACUGUUCCCAUUAACUUGACACGGCAUAUUUUGCUACCAGAAACCACGAUGAUUCUGAAUCGAUUUCUGGUGGAAAAGUUGUUACGGACAGAAUAAAACACACACACAUUAUACCUAUUGUAAAACCAAUACGUUCCUGGUCGUUUCGCUCAGAAUAUAAAACGCGUAUAUCGUUCUUUUUUUUUUUUUUCUUAAUCAAAAAUAAUUUCGAAAGUAUUUUUAAUAUUUUUAACCAGCACGGAUAUACAAUACAUAACAUUCUUAUAUCAGAUGAUUAAACAAUAAAAUUUAAACGUGCAGAACAAUAUUGUUCGCUGUAUAUACUCGCAGGUAGCGUUUUACGGCCGGAACAAAUUUCGAGACUUACAAUUGCGCGUGAUACCUAUUAUAAAAUAUUACGAUGGUUCCAUUUAACCGUUGUGUUAUCAGCUUACAAUUGAUUUCUCAUACAUAAAAAGUAAUUGCAUGAUAAAAGCACGUUCGACGGGGGGAGGGGGGGUAAACUAGCGACUAGCGUUGAAAAUAAUCUUUCCGAAAUACGAGUAUUACCAUUUACCACACACGUAUGGUAAACAGCUUCUACAAAACGGAUUUUUCCGCGUCUGACCGUUAUAUUUUUUCAUGGUAUAAAAAAUCAACAUACGUAUAGAACGACAAUUUCGUCUUUAAAAAUUCACAAUGGAAAUUCGAUUUUACCCUUGCCCUCCUGGAUUUUCACCGGCUGGAUAAACAACGACUUCAGUUUAAAAUGUUUGAACAUUUCGGUUAUACAGGUGACGGCCGAGUAAACCAACAUCCGGACAUGGCCGUGUCGCAAGUGGCCCUGUUGCGGUUGCACAACUUUUUAGCCACGGAAUUCGCACAGCUCAACCCACAAUGGAACGACGAAAUACUGUACCAAGAAGCGAGGAAGUUCGUUGUCGCUGUCAUCCAGCACAUCACGUACAAUGAGUUUUUGCCGAUAUUAUUAGGUAAGGAUGAUAACGAAUGAAAUAAUAAUAAUAUUCACAAUAACAUUUAUAUGUGUUCGGUUUACAGCAGGAAAAUAUUGAACGAUAUUAAUACGAAUUCAAUUAGAUAGGCAACUAAAAUGCGUUUGAGUUUAUUUGUUUGCGUUUCAAAACAGAAUCGCAUCAUAUAAUAACGCGAUUACCUGCGUCCGACAUAAGGCACCUAUCAGAAAAAACAAAUAAUAAUAGUGACCUUAGAACUCUAAAGUCUAAAGUAACGGAGCAGAAUCCGUGUAGAAAAAGACUUCUGUAGGAAUGAAGCCAGAUAAAAUCAUCGUGUCAAUCAUGACAUUCUCUUGACAUAUGACGCCCGUGGAACUAAGCCACGGCCUUUUAUAUAUUUCAAUAUUAAUUGAUUUUUAUUCAUUGUAUCCGAUAUUCGAAUUUUUAUUUCUGAGUAAAUAUUUUAUCGUAUAUAAUAUUAGUCUUGUAGAUAAAAACAAAUAAGUAUAUUCGUUUCGAAUACUCACUUUGAAAAAAGUAAACAUAAUAAUAUUCAAAGAUUUAUCUGGACAGAGCUCUUAAAAGUUACAAAAACAAAUCGCCAAGAAUGCGUGCAAAGGUAAUUGCAAAACUAAAACCUCGACAUGUUCAAAAAUUAUGUUUGAGUACAAAUACAGAAAAACAAAAAAAAAUCUUGAUUUUCCUAAUAUACACUUAUUAUGUAAACAGUGUUUCUUAACCUUUGAAUCACAACCCGAUUUCGGGUCUCGGAUCGUUCUAACAUUUUAAAAAUUGGAAAAAAAAAUACUAGAUGCCAACAAAAAAGAUUAAAACUUAACCCUGCAUUGCAUAAUUUUUAUCCUAUACCGUGAUAAAAGGAAUUAUAACAUUAUAUGUUUCUAUACUACAUUAGUAUUGAUACAUUAAUUAAGGGAAGUGUGAGGGGUGUAGCCACACUGUUAAAUUUCAACAUUACUUAAAACAAAUCUUAGGUCACAUUAUAUACAAAGGUUGAGAACUACAGACGCAGACGAUCGAUAUUGUUAAUUAUUGUAAUUAGUUGUAUAGGAAAUAAUAAGUAAAGUUUACUUAUUCCAAAUAUUAUUAAUUUCUGAGUUUCGAAUUUUAUUAUUUUGAAUUUAACGAUUCCACGCUGUUUUCAGGUGAAAACUACGUACGUGAAAAUGGUUUGUCUACGUUGAAACAAGGUUACAGCAAUCUGUACAAUUUGAACAUAAAUCCUUCAACGUUGGCCAGUUUCGCCGGUGGAGCGUUCAGAUCGUUACACAGUCUGGUCCCGUCUGUUUUCAAGUAAGUAAAAGAUGUUCUAUUGUGCAGAGACUUAAAAACCGAACAACAAGUGGCAGGUAGUUGUAAUUUUUUUUUCAAAUCGCGUAGCUUGGUGAACGAAGAUCGGGAAAACGGCGGCACGCCGACACGGUUUAGCGAAUGGAUGAACAAGCCCGGUAUCAUACAGAGACCUGGAAACUACGACAUGUUCUUGAGAGGCAUAGCCACACAACCGCAACAAGCCCAAGACAUAUUUUUCAGCGAAGAAGUGAAUAUUUUAUUUUUUUUCUGUAACAAGUUUUGGUCGUUUAAUUUCAUGAGAAUAAUUGCGGGUUACUCGAAAAACUAAUUUUUUAUAUUUAUUUUGUACUAACAGCGUCAAAUUAAUUUUACGUAACUAUUUUAUUUAUUCCGAGUACUUAUAUACGUGUAUAAUUCUAUAUUCGUCUGAUCUAUUUUCGCAGAUUACCGACUUGUUAUUCAGAGCGAACGGACCCCUUGGACAAGAUUUGGUAGCCAAAGACAUUCAACGAGGCCGGGACAUGGGAAUACCGUCGUACAAUCACUUUAGGUCGCUGUGCGGAUUACCGAAAGCCACGUCUUUCGACGAACUCAGGGACGUUAUGGACGAAGACGUACGCAAAUUCACUUAUGCUCAUUAAUAAUAAUAAUUCGAACCGAAAAAUAUCUUUUAUUAAAAUAUUAAACUUUGUACCGUACUAUCUUCACAGAGAAUCGAACGUUUGGCCAGAAUAUAUCCGACGGUGGACGAUAUCGAUUAUCUGGUCGGUGGAAUGCUCGAGAGAAUAAUACCGGGCACGCUCACCACGCCGUCGUUCAGAUGCGUACUCGGCGAAGGGUUCUUCCGGUACAAGGCGGGCGACCGUUUCUUCUACGAGUAUGACAUCGCACCAGGAGCAUUUUCACCAGGUAUGGAAAAAAAAAAUUGUUUAAAAUUGAGACGUUUGGAGUUUUGCCGGUGUAAUACCGAAUUAUGUUUAAAAACACACUGUUCCAACGUUUCACAGUCUACUAUGACGAUCAUUGUUAUCAAUGAAAUUACCGGAGUAGCGGAAGUGGGAAAGGGUUGUUUAUAACUACUAUCGAUUCUAUAUACAAUAGGCACCCGGCCGUUUUUACGGACGUAUUACGAAUAUGAGUUUUAGACCAGUGUCAGAUUUAAAUUUGUAAAUUAUAUAGAUUUAUUGACAAAUUGUCCGGGUUAUUUUAUAAAGUCAAUUGUUCGAUUUAACAUUUAGUAUAUUCUAAACAAAUACAAAUGUAAUGUGGUUAUUACACGGGAUUUUCAAAAUGAAUACCUUAAUUUUGGAGAUCUUCAAACUGAAAAUUAAAAAUCGAUUUGCUUAAUAACCUAGAAAAUGUAUUAACAAAUGUCUAAUUUCCCAUCGUUUAUUGGUCUGAACCGUAUGAAAAAAAAUAUUUGUAUCCCAAGUCCUUUAAGAUAAUAUUUUCAACAUCAAAAUUUUUUUCCUCGAAUUAACGACAAACUUCCCACACGAUAAUUAUAUGAGUAUUAUAGUGUAAAGUUUAACUAGGCAUAGCUUGCAACUUCGACGAUUUAACACCAAAUCACGUCAUUGUGCGCUAUACUUUCAACUAGGGAUCGACAUUUUUCAGACAAAAUAAAACGUUGGUAAAAUGUUGGUGGAACUCAAAUUCGAAUAAUUGAUUUUUGGACAAUACUGGGAAAUUGUAUUAUUUCAAAAUAAGUACUCUGAUUUUCCCGUUCCCUAUCCAGUUUCAACAGUCUGUAUAAAUAUUCUAUAAUAAUGUGAUUUCGUUAUUGCGUUUCAGAUCAACUGUCCAUCAUCCGAAGAUUCUCGUUGUCCACACUGAUAUGCUUGACCGGCGACAAUAUACAGACGAUGCAACGGAACGCGUUCCUGCAGAUCAACCCAGGGUGAGUUUGGCGGUUUAGUUUUCGUAUUGAAAACAACACAAAUGCAUCUAAUGCGACAAAUGCAUUCGAUUCGUUAUUUUUCAACCCCGGCCGUUCGCUGUAAUAAUAUUUUUGUUCAUAGGAACGCGUUGAUCCCGUGCAGACAAAUCCUCGCGGAAUUAGAUUUGGCGCCGUGGCGAUUCCAGAGUUAAAACGGUACCGGGCAUAUUAAAAGUGUCGAGCAAGCGGGGAAAAAAAUUCGACGUUGCGUUUGUGAUAUAUUAUAUUAUUUGUCGUGUAUAUAUAAUAUUAUUAUUAGUUAAUAAGUUUACCCAGGAAUUAUUAGUUAAGCAUUAGACGUUUAACACAUUAUUUGUACGUUUUAUAUUAGCCGGAUAAGAUUAAAUUAUUUUACUAUGUCACCAUCGGGGAAAAAAAAAAAUAUGUUACCGCCGUUACCGCGAGAUCAUUUCAGACAUUACACGCGGACCGUUGGAUUUCGACGAUUGUUGCCGUUUUAAUAUUUUCAAUACCGUCGUAGUACCACAUUUCUAAACGUGCCAUGGCAAAAUAUCGAAACGAAAUUUGCUUAGUCCAAAAAAAAUGUCCACAUAUAAACAAUCGAGUUUUCAGGGCGUUAAAAUACUACAACACUUACGCGGUUACUGUUUUUCUUUUUUUUCUUUGGAACUAUGUAAUACAUUAUUAUUAUAUAAAAUAUGCUUUUUUUUUUAUGAAAAUAUCGUAUAUACUUAUUCCUAAAUAAUUAGUUUUGUAUUUAAUUUAUUUUAUAAUAUAUUAUGUUAUUUUUAUUUUACGUUGUAUAUUUACGUUGUACCUAACCGUUAAGUAUAUUGACGAUAAUAUUACGAUUACGAUGUAUCUUAUCAAUAUUAAUUUGCGUGUGUAAAAUAAAAUUUAAAAAAAACCAA